AUAAAAUAAAAUAAAAAUAUUUGUUGGAUUAAAAAAUUUCGAAAUUCGUCAGAGUUGAAAGAAAUAUUAAGUUUUUUCACUCUUCUUAAUUCAAUUUACCCAGAAUUGUGAAAUUGAAAGCCAAUAAUUCCACAAAAAGAUGACCUCAAGCAGUCAUUUGCCUCAUGGCGUAAUGCAAAGGAAAGUCACAUGUCAUAAAAUCACCGAAAAAAUUAAAAAAAUCGAGAAAACGUCAACCUGUCCCAACUUGUAGGCAACAAAUUCCUUUUGUUUAGGUUAUGUGGGUGUCUGCUGCUGGCAGUGGUGGGCGUGCUGAAGAUGUCCAACAAAUACGCCAGCGAUGAUCAAAUGUAGCGCUAAUAAAUGACUUUUUAGUAAAAUACUGCCGCCUUCCCUCUCUGCUGCGCCGUCUUCAACACUCUUGAACAGCCUACUCUAGAAAUUGCGACAAUAAACUUAAUUCAGCCGAAAAUAACCAGGCACAAGACAGACGAAAAAAACCACAAAUCGCUCAAGCGAUUUCAUUUCCAAGCGGCCUCUGCAAGCAGACAACUUUAAAACGAACGAAAAACAACAAUAACAAGAAAACAUCAAUGACUUUUAUUAGCGCGCUAAUGCAGAGGCAGCAAGAGCAGCAGAAGAAGAAGCAUAAGCAGAAAUAGUACUAGUUGUUAGGGAAAGAUGUGGGCGCCGCGCAGAAGGUGAAGCAAAAAGUGGUAGUAGUUGUAGACGGCAGUGGCCAAAAAUGGACCACAGGUUUGGUGCGCGGGUUGAGCGCCCGCGUAGGCUAAGAAGUCAGCGCGCCGUCGUCGCGUUUAUUGCCUAACAGCAAACGAGCAAAUAGCAAAAGCGCACACAUACACAGAUAUAUUUAUAUUUAAACGAAUGUGUUUGUGUGGCGAAAAAGAUUAAGGUGCGCUCAAGUGCAGAAACACACACCGUUAAACCCACACGUUAGCGCACGUACAUACACAUAUACACUCAAGCAUUUGCUAUUAUAUAUCCGCACACUCAUCUAAGUUGUUGCGGCGGCGCUCUGCACUCUCGUCGCGCUCUUUUCCAACCACCUAAGCCAAGCUAGCAGCCAACAGCUAACACUGCUCGAUCGCUGCCGCAGUCACUGCCGCUGCUGACUGACUAAGUUGGCCAAGUUGGCUGCUCGCUUCGGUGACUUCAUAGCGCUUAGCUUUCGGUGCGUCGCUGUGCCACGGAGCUUUGUACAUUCAGUUCGCCAACGGCGCGCGUACGGUGCGGAUCUCUUUCUUUGCUUUGAACGGACGUUUGCGGUGUCAUAAAUACUACAUACAAAUACAUACUCAACUGCCAAUACUCAUAUAAUACAUAUAGUAUAUAUCUCAACUGAGUAUAUUCAUUAUUCAAAGUGUUCAAGUAAAGUGAAAGAUUCCUCUACAAAGUGCAAAUAUAAAAUACAGCAAUUCUUUGAAAAAAUAAUAAUCUGAAAAUAUUUAAACCGUGUAUUUCAAAGCAAAGCUACAUUUAGAUUGUGUUCAAAAAUUCGGCGUCGAAAUCGCCUUUUGUGCGUCGAAUUCGAAAAUCGUUCAUUGUGUUCCAACAAGUGUUUGGUGUUUGGCAUUUAAAUUAGCUAUUUUUUUAAAUCCUAAUUGUUCAUCCUUACCCCUUUGCAGUGAAAGUUUCGAUUUGCACGUAAGCAAAUUCAAAUCAAUUCUACAGCAAUAGCAAAUAACACAACACCACAACUAAGAAAAAUUCACAAUUCAAGUAAUUUGAAAAUACAAAAAAGUGCAGAAAUUUACAAAAGCAAAAAAUAUUUGCAAAGAAAAUUGUGUUCAAGCAGUAGUUGGAGCGCUCUAGCGCUGUCUCCAAGCAAAGUUAACAUUUCGAUUUUGGAUUUCGAUUUGUGUAGUAACUGUGUCUCGAAGCGUGUGUCUCGCUGUGUGUGUGUGGAGUAGCGCGCGGCCGGUGACAGAAUGUAUUAAAUUCGGAUUUGAUUGCAAGAAAGAUAUGCAAAAAUGAGAAUAUUUUUGCCACUAGUCACGUGGAUAGUGCUACUUUCGAGUACAGUACAUUCACAAAUCAAAACAAUACGAUCGGACCAAGCGCAUUUGAAAAAUAGCCGUUUUGGUGGCGAAGUAUUUUUUCUAAAUCUUGAAGAUGGCUAUUUCGGCUGUCAAGUUAAUGAGUCUACAGAUUAUUUACAAUUAUUCGAAUUAUCGAAAUUAUGCGACGGCAGGCGAGAUUGUUUUCUCGGUGCCGAUGAGCUGAGAGAGGAGCUCAAAUGCACAAAUGACUGUGAUAAGGAAGGCACUAAGUGCACGAAUGGUGUUUGCUUAAAUGGCGUUUGCCAUUGUAACGACGGUUUUGGCGGUUGCAAUUGCGGUGACCGAGAUGAAAACGAAUGCAAAUAUCGUCCAUGCGAUGUAUUUGCGCACUGCAUCAAUACGCUUGGCAGCUUCACGUGUACCUGCUUUCCCGGCUAUCACGGCGAUGGGCGUCACUGCGAAGAUAUCGAUGAAUGCCAAGAUCCAACGAUAAGAGCGCGUUGCGUCGAGAAUGCCGAAUGCUGCAAUCUGCCAGCGCACUAUCUCUGCAAAUGUAGGGACGGCUAUGAGGGCGACGGCGAGAAGCUGUGCACAGACCUCGACGAGUGCCAAAGCCCCACUGCCUGCGGUACUGGUGCGCAAUGCAUCAACACACCCGGCAAUUACACCUGCGCAUGUCCCGACGGCUAUCAUGGCGAUCCAUAUUACAGCUGUUUGGACAUCGACGAGUGCACACAUCCGAAUGCCUGCGGCCCAGGCGCCAUCUGUACGAACCUCGAGGGCGGUUAUCGCUGCGACUGCCCAGAAGGUUACGACGGUGAUGCGCGCUCGGCCAACGGCUGUGCCGAUUUUGAUGAGUGUGCGCGUUCGCCAUGCGGCCGCAAUGCACAGUGUUUGAAUACGGACGGUAGCUUCAAGUGUAUCUGCCCCGAUGGCUAUGCGGGUGAUCCCAGUCAAGGUUGUGAAGACGUCGACGAGUGUUCCACUAACAAUCCAUGCGGUUUGGGUGCUGAAUGCGUGAAUAUUGGCGGUAGCUUUGCAUGCAACUGUCCGCCUGGCUAUGCGCUCGAAUUCGAACGGGAGUAUAGUCUGGGUGGCGGCGGCAUUUAUGGCGGCAACGGCACAACACUAAGGGUAACUGGCGCCGGUUUAGCUUGUGUCGAUAUAGAUGAAUGUAAUAUGGAUGAUGGAGUGGCCAAGUGUGGCACGAACGCAAAAUGCAUUAACUUUCCGGGUUCAUAUCGUUGCUUGUGCCCGAGCGGCUUUCAAGGACAGGGGUAUUUGCAUUGUGAAAACAUCAACGAGUGUCAGGACAAUCCUUGCGGUGAGAACGCGAUCUGCACCGACACCGUCGGCAGCUUCGUGUGCACCUGUAAAACAGACUACACUGGAGAUCCCUUCCGCGGCUGCACGGACAUCGAUGAGUGCACCGCGCUGGAGAAACCUUGCGGCACACAUGCCAUAUGUGAAAAUGCCGUGCCCGGUUACAAUUGUAAGUGUCCACAGGGCUUCGAUGGAAAACCAGACCCGAAGGUGGCCUGCGAACAGGUCGAUGUGAAUAUACUGUGCCGCAGCAGUUUCGAUUGCACCAACAAUGCGGAAUGUAUUGAGAAUCAAUGUUUCUGUUUGGAUGGCUUCGAACCGAUCGGUUCGAGUUGUGUUGACAUCGAUGAAUGUCGCACGCAUGCGGACGCCUGUGGAGUGCACGCACAAUGCAUAAAUACACCUGGCUCGUUUCGUUGUGAUUGUGAGGCCGGCUUUGUGGGCACACCACCGCGUAUCGCUUGUAAGGAACCGUGUGAGGAUGUGCAUUGUGGCGAACAUGCUUAUUGCAAACCGGAUGGCAAUGAGGCUUAUUGUAUUUGCGAAGACGGUUGGACUUUCAAUCCCAUGGACAUCUCAGCCGGUUGUGUGGAUAUUGACGAGUGUGAUGCGGUACAUGGUCCCUUUGGCAGUUGUGGCAUCAAUGCGACAUGUACGAACACGUUGGGCAGCUUUAGUUGCGCCUGUCCAUCAGGCUUUUCCGGCGAUCCGCAUGCCAAAUGCGUCGACGUGGAUGAAUGUCAUGUGGGCAAUAAAUGUGGUGAAGGUGCGGAAUGUGUGAAUAUGAAUGGGGGCUAUGCGUGUAGCUGUCCAGCCGAUUCGAUCGCCGAUCCGGAUCCCACGGUACGUUGCGUGCCGAUUGUUACGUGCGCCUCGAACAACGAUUGUCCCGGCAAUGCGAUUUGCGAUACGGAAAAACGUUGUCUCUGCCCACAACCCAAUAUCGGCAAUGAUUGUCGUCAUCCUUGUGAAGCGGUUAAUUGCGGCGCACAUGCACAAUGCAUGUUGGCCAAUGGACAAGCGCAGUGCUUAUGUGUCGAGGGUUACACGGGUAGUCCAAAUACACCGGGCGGUUGUAAUGAUAUCGACGAAUGUAAGGCGAAUCCAUGCCAAGCGAAUGCCAUCUGUACGAACACAGCGGGUGGUUAUCUCUGCCAGUGUCCAAGUGGCACAAGCGGUGAUCCCUACCGUGAGGGCUGUACCGCAGGCAAAGUUGCCUUCACUUGCUCCGACUCAAAUCCCUGUUCGCCCGGUGAAACCUGCGUCACAGACUCAUAUACCGGUAGCGGUGUGUGUAUUUGUCGUCAAGGCUAUGAACGCAAUACAGAGAGUGGUCUCUGUCAGGAUGUGGAUGAGUGUUCACCGAGUCGUCAGAAGGCGGCUUGUGGUCUCAAUGCGCUUUGUAAAAAUCUACCCGGCAGUUAUGAAUGUAAGUGUCCACAAGGCUUUAGUGGCAAUCCCUUCGUUAUGUGCGAGCAAUGCAAAUCACCGGAAUGUCAAUGCCAGCCACCGUAUAAGUUGGUCGGAAACAGCUGUAUACUGGCCGAUUGCUCAAAGGAUAAGAAAUGUCCCAACGGUGCUGAGUGUAUUUCAAUCGCUGGUGGCGUUAGCUACUGUGCUUGCCCGAAAGGCUAUAAGACCGGACCCGAUGGUUCGUGUGUGGAUGUGAACGAAUGUGUGGAGCGUGACUCGCAAGUCUGCGCUUUUGGCGCUGAAUGUAUUAAUAUACCCGGCGGUUACACUUGCGCAUGCCCUGAUGGCUAUAACGGUGAUGCUUACCAUGGACUAUGUGCGCCAGCGCAACGCAAAUGUGCUGCCGAUAAGGAAUGUGGCACAAAUGAGAAAUGCGUACAGCCUGGCGAAUGUGUCUGUCCACCACCAUUCUUCUUGGAUCCCUACGACAAUAACAAGUGCAAGAGUCCUUGCGAACGUUUCCCUUGCGGUAUCAAUGCCAAGUGCACACCAACAGAUCCACCACAAUGUAUGUGUGAACCAGGCUUCAAAGGAGAUCCGCUUAUGGGUUGUACCGAUGAAGAUGAAUGUGCGCACUUGCCUUGCGCGUAUGGCGCUUACUGUGUUAAUAAGAAAGGCGGCUAUCAAUGUGUUUGCCCGAAAGGUUUCACUGGUGAUCCAUACAAGAGUGGUUGCAUUUUGGAAACCGGCGUACCGAAGAGUAAAUGCACUGCCAACGAAGACUGUGCAAGCAAUUUGGCUUGUGUGGAAGGCUCUUGUGUGUCGCCAUGCUCAAGUUUACUUUGCGGACCUAAUGCUUUCUGCGAGACCGAAAAUCAUGCCGGCUGGUGUCGUUGCCGCGUCGGCUAUAGCAAAGAUCAGAAUGGCGAUUGUGUAUCACAGUGUAAGGACAUUAUUUGCGGCGAAGGCGCACUCUGCAUACCCACUUCGGAAGGACCAACCUGUAAGUGCCCACAAGGUUACUUCGGUAAUCCAUUCCCAGGCGGCUCCUGCUCCACGGAUCAAUGUAGCGCAUCUCGUCCAUGCGCUGAGCGUCAGGUUUGUAUCAAUGGACGCUGCAAGGAACGCUGUGACGGCGUGGUAUGCGGUAUUGGUGCCACUUGUGACAAGAAUAGUGGCAAAUGUGUUUGUGAACCCAACUUUAUUGGCAAUCCAGAUCUGGUGUGUGUUCCACCCGUCAAGUAUGCCGAAUGUGAACCGAAGUGCGGUGAGAAUGCGCACUGUGAAUAUGGUUUCGGAAAUAGCGUAUGCGCUUGCAACCCUGGCACAACGGGCAACCCCUACGAAGGCUGUGGUCCACAAAACAAGAAUAUUUGCGCACCCAAUAGCUGCGGUACAAAUGCUGAAUGUCGCGCUGAUGGUCAACAAAUCAGUUGUAUCUGUCCACAAGGAUUCACUGGCAAUGCCUACGUGGGCUGUCAAGAUGUGGAUGAGUGUGUGAACAAACCUUGUGGUCUCAAUGCGGCCUGUCUCAAUACACACGGCGGUUUCGAGUGUCUCUGUUUAUCCGGUUUUGCUGGUGAUCCAUUCAGCAGUUGUCAACCCGUUGACACUGUCUUCUGUACUGAUGCUGAUAGAUGCGAAUGUAAUGCACGUGUCGAAUGCCCCGAUGGAUACACUUGUGAGGGCGGUAAGUGCAAGAAUCUGUGCUCAAAGACUGCCUGUGGCCCAAGAGCUGCUUGCGAUGGCGGUAAGUGUAUUUGUCCACUCGGUUAUAUCGGUGAUCCGUACGACACCAACAGUGGCUGCACCAUACGUGGUCAAUGUAACAACGAUGCGGAUUGUAAGCUCUCGGAAAUUUGCUUCCAACUGGGUAAAGGUUUGCGCAAAUGCGUGGAUGCUUGCUCGAAGAUUCAGUGUGGACCGAAUGCGCUUUGCGUGUCAAACGAUCAUCGUUCAUCUUGUAUUUGCACUGAUGGCUAUUUCGGCAAUCCGAGCAAUCUACAGGUGGGAUGUCAACCCGAACGAAAAGUACCGGAUAAUGAGGAUAAAUGCAAAUCGGACAAUGAAUGUGAACCUGGCUACUCGUGCGCUCCCGACAUGCACGGCACCAAAGAGUGCAUCAACCGCUGCUCGAAGGUCGUUUGUGGCACGAAUGAAGUGUGCAAUAUCGAUGCGAAUGGACAUGCACUCUGCAACUGUGCAGAUAGCUUCGUUUGGAAUCCCGUUACUUCAUCUUGCGAAAAGCCUUCACUGCCUGAUUGUACCAGCGAUACGGACUGUCCAGCUGCUUCCGCUUGCAGACCCGAUGUUGUCGGUGUACUCAAAUGUGUUUCCAUCUGUGAUGAAUUUACAUGUCCAGCCAAUUCGGUUUGUGUAGCACGUAAUCACCAAGGACGCUGUGAUUGUCUUGCCGGUUAUGUUGGUAAUCCCAACGAUCGAAAUGGCUGCCAGCCUGUGACGAAGAAUCAAUGUCGCACCAAUGCUGAAUGCGCCGAAUCGGAAGCAUGUGUAAAAUAUGGACCAAGUGAGAGUCUCACUUGCCGACCAGCUUGUGAAAGCGUUAAAUGCGGUCCACGUGCAGUAUGCAUCACCAAUAAUCACAUCGCUCAAUGCCAAUGCCCACCAGGCCCGUAUGCCGGAGAUCCAAAUGAUCCAUUCAAUGGUUGCCAGAGCGUACCUUGUGUUUACAAUCAUGACUGCCCACCAACAAAAAUGUGCAACCGUAUGACACAUACUUGCUACGAUGUUUGCGAUGAAGAAUCCUGCGGCGAGAACGCCAUUUGUAUUGCUGAAGAUCAUCGCGCUGUGUGUCAAUGUCCACCCGGCUUUAAAGGAAAUCCCAUGCCUGAAGUGGAAUGUACUAAAGUUAGCGGCUGCCAACCCGGCACAUGCCAUCAUUCCGCCAUUUGUGAGGUCACACCCACGGGACCAAUGUGUCGCUGUCCUGAAAAUUUCAUUGGCGAACCCGAAACAACCGGUUGUCGUCCAAGUGGUCAAUGUCCAAAUGGCGAUGCCGAUUGUCCAGCGAAUACCAUUUGCGCUGGUGGCCGUUGCAUUGACCCUUGUGAAAACGCCUGUGGUCAGAACUCCGAAUGUAAGGUGGUUAAUCGCAAACCAGUUUGUAGCUGUCCAUUGAAAUUCCAACAAAACGGCGAAUCACCAAAGGAAGGUUGUGUACGUUCAGUAUCCAGAUGUAAGUCUGACAUUGACUGCGGUGGCGAAAUUUGCUACAAUGGACAAUGUCGCGUUGCUUGCCGUAAUGAGAACGACUGUUCUGUCGGCGAAAAAUGCUUAAGUAAUGUUUGUGUGAUACCUUGCUUGGACCAUAGUCAAUGUACGUCGGGUUUGGCCUGCUUGGAUGGCCUCUGCGUCAUUGGCUGUCGCAGCAAUAAGGAUUGUCCAUCAGAUCAGUCGUGUAUCAACAACAAAUGUGCCGAUCCUUGCAAGACAAGCGGUAUCUGUGGACCCAAUGCGCUCUGCAGCAUCGACAAACAUCUCACCCAAUGCACAUGUCCCGAAGGAUUCGAAGGUAAUCCCACGCCCGAUCAAGGUUGCGUACGCGUACCGGCACCAUGUUUGGCUACCAAUCAAUGUCCCAGCAGUCAUAUGUGUAUCGGCAAUCAAUGUAAUUUGCCAUGUCAAAAGACAACCGCUUGUGCUAUCGGCGAACGCUGUUACCAAAAUGUUUGUCGUAAAGUUUGUUACACGAGCAACAACUGUUUGCCUGGCGAAAUUUGUAACAAUGAUGGUACUUGCCAACCUGGCUGUGACUCCGACGCUGAUUGUCCACCUACAGAACUCUGUCUCACCGGUAAAUGUAAAUGCGCUUCCGGCUUUAUUGGUACACCAUUCGGUUGCUCAGAUAUUGAUGAAUGUACUGAGGAACCUUGUCAUCCCACAGCGCGUUGCGAGAACCUCCCUGGUUCUUAUCGCUGUAUUUGCCCCGAAGGCACAGUGGGCGAUGGCCUAACCCAACAGGGUUGCAUUAAACCAAAGGAAUGCUAUAAGGAUGACGAUUGCGCAAACAAUCUAGCCUGUGUUAACGAUAAGUGUACAGAGCCCUGCACCAACACCACCUGUGGACCGAAUGCACUUUGCAAUGCUGAAAAUCAUCAAGCCGCUUGCUAUUGCCCACCCGGUCAUUUGGGUGAUGCCAGCGAGCAUACAGUCGGCUGUUUCAAGGUCGAAUGUAUCGUCAAUGAGGACUGUGCCAACGAUAAGGCUUGCGAUAGCGAAACAAAUCGUUGCAUUAAACCAUGCGAUCUUAUUUCAUGCGGUAAAGGUAGCUGUAGCGUUGCCAAUCAUCAAGCGUUAUGUACUUGCCACGAAGGUUAUCAGCUUGCCAAUAAUAUCUGCGAAGAUAUCAACGAAUGUCUCUCUCAACCGUGCCACAGCACUGCUUUCUGUGAAAAUCAACCGGGCACAUACCAAUGUCAGUGUCCCGAAGGUUUGAUAGGCGAUCCAGUUAAUGUGGGUUGUCGCGAUCCCAACGAAUGUCUUACCGACUCUGACUGCCCAUCAAGCGCAAGUUGCCAAAAUGCGCGCUGUCGUAGCCCAUGUGAACGUGAGAAUGUCUGCGGUCGUAAUGCCACCUGUUUGGCGCAAUCACACAACGCCAUUUGCGCCUGCCCACCCAAUUCACGCGGUGAUCCAUCCAUUGAAUGUGUCUACAUCGAAUGCUCCGAGAAUGAGGACUGCGCCAAUGAGAAGGCGUGCUUGGACUCGAAAUGUGUUGAUCCCUGCGGACUACCGAAUGUUUGUGGAACUAACGCACGUUGCACAGCGCAAAACCAUAUCGGUGUUUGCACAUGUGAAAGUGGUACAACCGGCGAUGCACAGCUCGGCUGUGUUGCGCUGCAAUACUGUAACACCGAUAGUCAAUGUGCCUCAGGCACAAUAUGUACCAACGGCAUCUGCGCUUCGCUCUGUACUUCCGUGCGUGAUUGCAUCUCAGACCAACUGUGCAUUCAAGGCGUUUGCCAGCCCACAUGUCGUUCGAACUCUUCAUGCCCCGAAUUCCAGUAUUGUCACAACAGCAUUUGCACGAAGGAGGUGCUUUGCCGCAACGACGACGAUUGUGAUGUGAACGAGAGCUGCGUACUGGAUAGCUACGGACGCGCUUCGUGCGAGAAUGUUUGCUUGGGACGCGCUAUUUGCGGACGCAAUGCUGAGUGCAUAGCACGUAGCCACUCGCCCGAUUGCGAAUGUAAGGAAGGAUUCUUCGGUGAUCCGAAGAGUGGUUGUCGCAAGAUUGAAUGUUCCACGGACGCAGAGUGCUCCAACGAUAAGACCUGUGAUGAUCAUAUGUGCAAGAUAGCUUGCCUGAUUGGCGAACCGUGUGGCGAGAAUGCGUUAUGUACCACAGAGAAUCAUAAACAGGUGUGUCACUGUCAACCUGGUUUUACUGGUGAUCCGCGUGUACGUUGUGACGUUGUCGACUUUUGUAAGGAUGCGCCAUGCGGCCCCGGCGCACGUUGCCGCAAUUCGCGUGGUUCAUUUAAAUGUACUUGUCCUCCUGGUUUGGUUGGUGAUCCCUACAAUGAAGGUUGUCGCACCGCGGUGGAGUGUGAAACUAGCGAAGAUUGUCCCCCGCAUGCUGAAUGCACCAAAAUUAACGGUAUAUCCAAAUGUCAAGAUGUUUGUGCAAAUGUUAAAUGUGGCACGAAUGCCGAAUGUAUACCUAAGGGUCAUCAAGCUCAUUGUGCAUGUCGUAAUGGUUACGACGGUAAUCCCGCUGAUCGGAUUGCCGGCUGUAAGCCACUACCCGUACCAUGUCAAAUGACCAGCGACUGCCCGACCAAUACCUACUGUUCGGAAAGUAUUUGUAAACCUGCCUGCAUACUCGAUACCGAAUGUGGCGCAACGGAAGUAUGUCAAGGUGGCCAAUGUGUGAAUCCCUGCCUGCAGGCGCAAGCUUGCGGCAUGAAUGCUGAAUGCCACAUACAAACACACUACAAACAAUGCUCCUGCCCAGCUGGUUUCACCGGCAAUGCGGACGUGGAAUGUGUACGCAUACCGGUGGCCUGUAAUAGUGAUGUGGAAUGCCGUGAAGGCUAUAAUUGUCACGACUCGAUGUGUCAGCCCGCUUGUCAAAGCGAUCAAGAUUGCGCCUUGAAUGAGAAGUGUCUACGCGGCAGCUGUAUGCUGACCUGUCGCGUGGACAACGAUUGCUUCCUGGGACAUGUUUGUCUACAUAAUAAAUGCGUUUACGGUUGUCGUACCGACGAUGAUUGUAGCGCAUCCGAAUCCUGCCGUCACGAUAAGUGUACCAAUCCUUGCCUGGAUAAUCCUUGUGGUCCCAACGCUGCCUGCUCUGUAUCCAAUCAUCGUGCUAUUUGUAGCUGUCUGGAUGGUAUGGUACCGAAUCCCACACCGCAGGUCGGCUGUGUACGUAGUCCGCCACUCGAUUGUAAUGAGAAUCGUGAUUGUGCCAAUGGUUUGGCUUGCUUCGAGUUUGCCUGUCGUCCGCUGUGUGCUGAUGACGCCGGUUGUCUUACUAAUGAACGUUGUCAAGGUGGCAUUUGCAAGCCGCUUUGUCGACGUGACGAUGAUUGUCGCGGCAGCGAAGUUUGUUUGGGACUAAGCUGUGUAGCUGGUUGCCGCUCGGAUCAGGGUUGCCCACACGAUCUAUCAUGUGUCAAUCAACAGUGUAUCAAUCCGUGCGCUGAACCCGCUGCAUGUGGCACCAACGCUGAAUGUUUGGUGAUUGACCAUCGUAAGCAAUGCACAUGCCCACAGGGUCUUAUUGGCAAUGCAGAGGUGUCAUGCAAAGCGCCGCGUACCGCUUGUACGAGCAACGAGGACUGCGAUGGCAAUCAACUCUGUUAUGGAGGUAGCUGUCAAGGUAAAUGCCGUAAUGAUCAGAAUUGUUUGGCCGAUGAGCGUUGCAUGCGCGGUACAUGCCGCACCGUUUGUAAUACGGAUUCCGCUUGCGCACAAGGACAGAUUUGCGAGAACCGCGUCUGUCAAAUUGGUUGCCGCAAUGAUCUCACCUGCCCCAGCAGUGAAGCGUGCGUCAACAAGAAGUGCAAAAAUCCCUGCGACACACCCGGUCAGUGUGGUCAAUGCGCCAAUUGCUUGGUGGUCAACCAUGGUGUACAGUGCAGCUGUCCGAAUGGCUUCCUUGGCGAUGGACUUAGCGGCUGUCAACAACCACCACAGCGCUGCAACCCCAACUGUCAGUGUGAUGAAACGAACACGUACUGCGCCGACGCCUGUGCACGCACUGAAGACUGCGCUUGCGGACAAGUCUGCACGCGUGGUAAAUGUCGUCAAAAGUGUGGCGGCGGACGUAAUUGCCCACUCGGUCAACUCUGCGAACGCGGCACUUGCCUCGCCGGCUGCAAAGCCAACUCCGAUUGUCCCACCGAUCAAAGCUGCCUCAAUGGUAAAUGCGCCGAUCCAUGCGCAAAUAAGUCAGCCUGCGGCCGCAAUGCACUGUGCACUGUCUCCGAUCAUCGCAUGCUUUGCUACUGCCCCGACGGUUAUGAAGGUGAACCCAGCACGGAAUGCAUACAAUUUGAAUGUGCACAAGAUAACGACUGUGAAGCGAACAAACGUUGUGAUGCGGGUAAAUGUCGCAAUCCGUGCCUGGAAUAUGGCGCGUGUGGUAUUAAUGCGCAAUGCCGCGUGGUGGAUCGUAAGCCACAAUGCUCUUGCCCACCCGAUUACUUUGGCACACCGGAAACCGAGUGUCGCCCACUGGAUGGCGGUUGCGCGAAUCAUCCGUGCGGCGCUAAUUCCAAAUGCACUGAGGUGCCUGGCGGUUAUGAGUGCGCCUGCAUGGACGGUUGUAUGGGUGAUGCGCACAAGGGUUGCGUCUGCGAGGGACAUCUGGUGAAUGCGUGCGCUGAACAACCGUGUGGACAAAAUGCCGCUUGCCGCGUCUUGGAUCACAAUGAGGCGCAAUGUUAUUGCCCCGAGGAAUUCCCCUUCGGCGAUGCCUAUGUUGAAUGUUACUUAACUCCACCACAAGAGGACUGUCGCACACAGGGUUGCAUUACUGGUGAAUGUGUGCGCCAAGGAGUCGACUACGUGUGCCGUCACGACACCGAACAAUGUACAUCAGACGUCGAAUGUCCCAGUGAGAAAUCAUGCCUGCAAGGACACUGCGUUGAUCCUUGUUCGGUGCGUGGCGUUUGUGGCGCAAAUGCGCUGUGCAAGAGCGUACUACACCGACCGCGUUGCUCCUGCCCCAGUUGUUAUAUCGGACGACCCGAGGUCGAAUGCAAACCAGAUCCCAAGUGCACCGACGACACGGCGAUACAACCGCGCGACCCACAACAGCAAAUACCCUGCACACAGGACAACGAUUGUCCGGACACGCUGCAGUGCAGUCACUAUGGCCAAUGUACCGAUCCAUGCCAGAAUCCGCUAUUCAUAUGCGGCGGCAGCAAGAAGUGUGAGACACGCCGUCACCAACCGGUGUGCGUGUGCAAAUCCGGCUUCAUUGUUAAUGAGUACGGCGAACUGACGUGUGCGCCCGAGAAACGUGAAUGCUAUCGCGAUGACGACUGCGCCUCGAAUAUGGCCUGCAGUGAAGGCAAGUGUCGCAGUCCGUGCGUUGUGCCGGUGGGUCGUCAACCCAUUUGUGCUGAGAAUAAAUCUUGCGAGGUGCAGGAUCACAAGCCCGUGUGUAUUUGUAUGAAGGAUUGUCAGCCGUCUAUAUCGAUUUGUCUGCGCGAUGCGGGCUGUCCGUCGGGAUUGGCGUGCCGCUCGUAUCAGUGCGUCAAUCCGUGCGACUUUGCAACGUGCGCGCCCAACUCGCCAUGCAUCGUCGAGGAUCACAAGCCGAUAUGUAAAUUCUGCCCGCCCGGAUUUAUAGCCGAUGCCAAGAAUGGAUGUCAAAAAGAAAUCGGUUGCGCUUCAAGCGACGAAUGCCCAACACAACGUGCCUGCAUUAAUGGCGUAUGCUUGGAUCCCUGCUCGUCUGCCAAUCCCUGUGGACGUGAACAGGAGUGCCAGGUGAUUGAACAUCAACCGGUUUGCUCGAAAGUUUGCGAAUGUCAACGUAAGGCCGACUGUCGUCCCGGUUUCGAAUGCGAUGGCUGUCACUGCCGUCAAACAACUGGCCGCACACCUGGCUGUGAGCACUGCCCAAUAGGCACCAACUGUGAUCCCACCACAGGCGCCUGCAUCAAAGCUAACGUUACAAUAACAACCACCACCACUACCAAUAUAACAACUACCAUCACCACAUCUAACCCACCAAUCACUGAUGUUACAACCGACAUCACCGACACAACUCAAACCGGCACUACAACCAUGAGCACCAGCACCACCCCCUCCAUCACUGCCACGACCACCACCGCUAUGCCAAGCGAUACCACAACCACACCCGCAACAACCAACGCCUACUUCGAAGACACUACCACAGUGCCAAUCACCAGUAGGACUACUGAAAAGCCCAUGUCUAUUACUACCGAGGCGUUGAAAGAGCCCGAGGAUAUAAAUACGACUGCAAGUAAAACUGGUCCACCAAAAGGUUAUCGCGAUGGUGAGAAUAACAUAACCGCCAGCACUGUGCCCGAGCAGCCAACCACGCCUGCGGUUCAAGUGUCAGUCUCCACAUCGACGUCAUCCACAUCGAGCAGCAGUAGCAGCAGCAGUUCGCGACGUGGUGAAGAUACUAAGGGUCCAUUUGAUACGCGCACAACAACACCGAAAAUGAAAACUACGCGCAUUGAUACAUCGAAUGAAUUCGAUUAUAAUUUCACCACAUUGUUGACAACAACUCAGCGUACCACCUUCCCGGUGACAAUGAUUACAGAGCCCAUGAAAGAGUUGGAGCAAACCACCACAAUGGAUGUGCGUGAUUUGGUGACCACAAUGUUCCCAGUGAUAACACCGCCAGCAGCGGAACAAACUACACAACGUCCAACUGUUGCGGGUACAACAACACCAGUGGUUUAUGAAACCAUCGAACCGAUUACAACAAUAUCAAGUACGGCGCAAACGGAGGCGGCUGGUAUAACAACAACCGCUGCGCCACCUACCACUGUACCCGGCACCACUACUACUCAAUUCCUAACAACUGAAACUGCUACACCAGCAGCGCCAACAACCACAAUUAGCACAUCUACUGAUAUCACAAUGUUUAACACUUGUACAGAUCAUACUAACUGUGGUACUAGUCAAUUAUGCGUGCUUGGCAUGUGUCGCAACAAGUGUCGCGAUGGGGACACAAGCGAUACGGAGUGUGUAAAAGAAUCACCCGGCUCACCAAAGAAUCCGGAACCAUGUCAGUCGAACAAUGAUUGCAUUGAGAACGAAGCAUGUUACAUGGGUCUUUGUCAUAAUCCUUGCGAUUUCGCGAAUGUUUGUGCGCCCACCGCUAAGUGUGUGGCGAAAAUGCAUCGGCCAAUAUGUUCGUGCCCGAAGGGGCAUGAAGGUAAUCCGACUAUUAAAUGCUCGCCCGUGGAUAGGACAACUGAAUGCACACAAAAUACCGACUGUGAUAUUACAGAGGCUUGCAUCAAUAGACGCUGUCAGCAUCCUUGCGAUGCGCAUAAUCCUUGCGCCCAAAAUGCGGUCUGUAUGAAUUCAAAUCACGCGGCCGAUUGCAGCUGUGUGGAUGGUUAUCAAGGCAACGGUUUUAUUGGCUGUCAACCAGCGCUCGAUCACACGCCCGUCUGUCAAUACAAUGAGGACUGUCCGCCAACGAAACUUUGCGAUCGUCUCAAUCGUCGUUGCAUCAAUCCCUGCUUCGAGGACUCGUGCGGUGAGAAUGCCGAGUGCAUACCUGUAAAUCAUGGCAUCGAAUGUCGCUGUCUAGUCGGUUUCGUCGGUAAUGCUUACAUCGAAUGCUCGCAGCAACAAGGCUGUCGCGCGGAUCGCGAAUGUGACGCUAGUCAGGCGUGCAUUAAUGGUAAAUGCGCCUCACCGUGUCGCUGUGGCGCCAAUGCACUCUGUGACGUGGUCAAUCAUCGCGGUAUCUGCAAAUGUCCGCCAGGUUAUGCUGGUAGACCAGAAGUCGCCUGCAAUCCACCCACCAAUCCAUGUGAACCGAAUCCGUGUGGCGUCAAUGCGCUAUGUGAGCUCGAUAAUGGCAAUCCUAUUUGCUUCUGCCCGAAAGGACUUACUGGCAAUCCGUUCAAGAAUUGCAUACCCGAAGGCGAUGAGUGCCGUCCGAAUCCUUGUGGGCCCAAUUCUGGCUGUCGCAUGGUAAGCGGCGCACCAACAUGCUUCUGUUUACCCGAAUAUGAAGGCCAACCGCCGCUGGUGCCUUGCGAGGUGCCCAAGAGUCCGUGUGAUCCAUCACCUUGUGGCCCGAAUACACAAUGCGCUAUACUCAGCAACGGUUUCUCGAAAUGUACUUGCUUACCAGGUUAUGUAGAAAGUCCCAAUACGAUACGUGGUUGCAUCGAACCUGUGAAUCCAUGUGAUCCCAGCCCUUGCGGUCCGGGUGCAGUUUGUGAUUCAUCACGUACACCAGUUUGUUUCUGCCCAGAUGGCAAGAUUGGCAAUCCAUUUAAGGCUUGUGAAAAACCACCAGUUUCCGUUGAGCUGUGCACACCCGGUCCAUGUGGUCGUAAUGCUGACUGUUACGUUACUGGCAAUCGCGAAGAAUGUUAUUGUCGUUCAGGUUAUAUUGGUGAUCCUUAUCAGGGUUGCCGUGAGCCACCACGCAGCGCUUGUGAACCCAAUCCUUGCGGUCCAAAUGCUGAAUGCGUUGUUGCAGGGGAUGGUCAAAGUGCAUGCAUCUGUCCUGAGGGUUUAUCUGGAGAUCCUACCUCAACUAAAGGCUGCCAUGGCUAUGAAUGUCAAGUGGAUGCCGAUUGCCCACACGAUAAGGCCUGUAUGGGCUUCAAGUGUUACGAUCCUUGUCCAGGCGCUUGCGGUCAAGGUGCCAAUUGUCGCGUGGAAGCACAUCAUCCCGUUUGCUCAUGCAAUGCUGGACUCACCGGUAAUCCGGGCAUACGCUGUUAUGCGUUAGACAUACCGAAGACACCAAGCCGAAAUCCUUGCUUACCUAGUCCAUGUGGUGUAAAUAGUGAAUGCAAAUUACUAAAUCAUCGUGCUGUAUGCUCUUGCUUACCGGGUUAUUUGGGUGAUCCACAGAGUGGCUGUCGCGCAGAGUGUGACAUCAAUUCAGACUGUGGCACCGCUCAGGCCUGUAUCAACCACAAAUGUAUCGAUCCAUGUGCUGGCACAGUUUGUGGCAUCAAUGCAAUUUGCAGAGUACAACAGCACACGCCAAUCUGUGGCUGCCUCGAUGGCUUCACCGGUGAUGCUUUCCGUCAAUGCAUACCUGUUGGAAUACUUAAGAAUGUAACACGCGAUCCAUGUGUGCCAUCACCCUGUGGACCACAAGAUGUUUGCUCCAUCUAUGGCGAUGGUGUAGCACUGUGCGAUCCAUGCUUUGGACCCAACGCUCAACAAAAUCCACGUUGCCGACCUGAAUGUAUCUCGAACUCAGAUUGUCCCUUCGAUCGCGCUUGCUUGGGUCAGCGUUGCUUGGACCCAUGUCCAGGCUCGUGUGGACACAACGCUGUAUGUAAUGUAUACGAACACAAUCCGAUUUGUAGUUGCCCACCGGGCUUGUACGGCAAUCCAUAUGAACACUGCUCACCACCAUCACCGUUCGUACCAACACCAUCACCGAGCUGUGAAAAAUUACGUUGUGGCGCUAAUGCUGAAUGUAAGAAACGUAGUGGUGCAUUAACUUGCGUCUGUCGCACGGGUUACUUCGGCGAUCCGUUCAUUGGUUGCCGUCCAGAAUGUGUGCUCAACUCAGAUUGUCCUGCUGAUAAAUCUUGCGUCAACUCGAAAUGCGUAGACUCAUGUGUCGGUGUAUGUGGCAUCAACGCUAUGUGUCGCAUUGUAAACCAUGCUCCGGUAUGUAUCUGCGUCGAAGGUUACACUGGUGAUGCAGCGGUACAAUGCAAUCCAUACUACUUGCCACCAGAAAGACCAGCAGACCGACCACGUAAUCCAUGUGAACCAUCACCAUGUGGCCCCAACUCACGUUGUCUGACCUCACCAGAUGGUUAUGCGGCCUGCUCAUGUUUACCGAACUUCAAGGGCUCCCCACCAGUCUGUCAACCCGAGUGUGUCGUAAGCUCUGAGUGUCCACUAAACAAAGCUUGUAUCAAUCAACGUUGCGCCGAUCCUUGCCCUGGCACUUGCGGCGUAGAAGCACGUUGUGAAGUCUUAAACCACAACCCAAUUUGCUCUUGCGAGCCUGGCUUUGAAGGCGAUCCGUUUGUGUCAUGCACUCGCAUACCAGAAGAACGUACGGAUACUGAACACAAACCCGAAAAUCCAUGUGUACCAUCGCCAUGCGGACCCAAUUCCAUUUGUCAAAUAAAACAAGGACGUCCAGUGUGCUCAUGUGUUGCCAAUUAUAUUGGCAGCCCACCAUAUUGUCGUCCAGAAUGUACGCUAAAUACUGAAUGUCCAGCCGAUAAGGCGUGUAUACAGGAGAAAUGUCAGAAUCCAUGCGCGAAUACAUGUGGCCACAAUGCGCUUUGCACGGUGAUCUCACAUGCGGCGCACUGUAGCUGCGAACGCGGUUAUGAGGGAGAUGCCUUCGUCGGCUGCUCCAAAAUCGAUGAAAAACCAAAAGACCGUAUUGAUCCCUGCUAUCCUAGCCCAUGUGGUGAGAAUGCAUUGUGUAGUGAACGUAAUGGCGAGGCGCGCUGUAGCUGUAUUGAACCGUAUAUCGGUGAUCCCUACACCACCGGUUGUCGUCCCGAAUGUGUUUACAAUGCCGAGUGUCCAUCAUCGUUGGCUUGUAUCAAGCAGCAUUGUCGCGAUCCCUGCGUCGGCACUUGUGGCUCGAAUGCGGAAUGCGCUGUGGUCAAUCAUAUCCCAACAUGCAGUUGUGCGCGUGGCUACGAAGGUGAUCCGUUCACCGGUUGUAAGCGUGAAGAUUAUCCAAUGGGACCAAUUAGCCCCUGUGAACCAACACCUUGCGGUGCUAAUAGCAUAUGUCGCGUAGUUGAUGGUCGUCCAACCUGUUCGUGUCAAGUCGGCUAUUUCGGUGCGCCACCUAGUUGUCGUCCAGAAUGUGUUGUCAGCUCUGAGUGUUCCCAAAAUUUGGCUUGUAUCAAUCAGAAGUGCGUAGAUCCUUGUAUUGGCACCUGCGGCUUCAAUGCCAAAUGCCAGGUGGUGAAUCACAAUCCAAUAUGCUCAUGCCCACGCGACUAUAUGGGUGAUCCAUUCGAACAAUGUAUACCGAAACCGCGCGAACCACAACCAAAGGUGAACCCAUGUCUGCCCAGCCCUUGUGGUCCCAAUGCCGAGUGUCGCGAAGUCGAUAACCGCGCCGCUUGUAGUUGCGCGCCAGGUAUGUUUGGUGCUCCACCCAAUUGUCGACCGGAAUGUGUUAUCCAUCAAGACUGUCCAUCGAAUCGUGCUUGUAUACGUCAACGUUGUGAGGAUCCUUGUGCUGGCGCUUGUGGCUUUAAUGCCCUUUGCACAGCACAAAAUCACAAGCCCGUAUGCUCGUGUCUCGAGGGUUACGAAGGUGACCCGUAUGCUGGUUGUAAUACACCGCAAAUCGUAGUGCCUGAUAUACCCGCCGAUCCAUGCAAUCCAUCGCCUUGUGGCUCAAAUGCCAUUUGCCGUAAUCGCAAUGGUGCUGGCUCAUGUACCUGCAUACAAGAUUACUUCGGUGAUCCGUAUAUAAAUUGUAGACCCGAAUGUGUACAGAAUAGCGAUUGUGUGUCCACGAAAGCUUGCGUUAAUAUGAAAUGCGUCGAUCCAUGUAUAGGGCUGUGUGGCUUCAAUGCCGAAUGUCGCGUUUCCCAUCAUAUACCGGUUUGCGCUUGCAUUACCGGCUUUACGGGCGACCCAAUGCGUAGCUGUUCGCAGAAACCGUCAAAUAUGUAUUUGCCUAUACCAAAAGAUCCUUGUCGCCCCUCACCAUGUGGUUUGUAUAGUAUUUGCCGCGUGGCAAGUAAUCGCGCCGUUUGCUCUUGUCUACCCAACUACAUGGGUCAACCACCGAAUUGCAAACCGGAGUGCAUGCUCAGUUCCGAAUGCGCUUCGAAUAGGGCUUGCAUUAAUAUGCGUUGUCAAGAUCCAUGUCCGGGUACAUGCGGUCAGAAUGCACGUUGCCGCGUUACCAACCACUCACCGAUUUGUAGCUGUAUUGCUGGUUAUACUGGCGAUCCAUUCCAACAAUGCUUGCCAGAAAGAAAACCGUUAGAUACACCACGCCUACCACCACAAAAUCCUUGCGUUCCCAGCCCUUGUGGCCCGAAUUCGCAAUGCCGUGCCUCUAGCUCUGGCGCUGUUUGCUCGUGUGUGGCCAAUUACAUUGGUCGUCCGCCGAACUGUCGCCCGGAGUGUACAAUCAAUUCAGAGUGUCCAGCGCAUUUGGCUUGUAUGAAUGCACGUUGCGCCGAUCCUUGUGUGGGUUCGUGUGGCAACAACGCACGCUGUCAAGUCAGUGCGCAUGCACCGAUUUGUAUGUGCGAACCGGGUUACACCGGCGAUCCGUUCUCUGGCUGCUACAAAGUCAUACCAAUACCCGAUGAGCCGGUUCAACCAUGUCGACCCAGCCCAUGUGGCUUGAAUGCCAUUUGUGAGGAGCGCAAUCGCGCGGCUUCAUGCAAAUGCAUACCCGAAUAUUUCGGUGAUCCAUAUGUUGAAUGUCGACCGGAGUGUGUCAUUAAUUCGGAUUGUCCGAAGACACGCGCCUGCAUCAACAACAAAUGUAUCGAUCCCUGUCCGGGUGUGUGUGGGCGUAAUGCCGAAUGCGCCGUCUUUAACCAUGCACCGAACUGUGAAUGCUUUAACGGCUAUACUGGAAAUCCCAUCAGCGGUUGCUCACCUAUACCAGAGCCACCACCGCAAUAUGAACCUCCGGUGCAGGUCAACCCUUGUCAGCCGUCACCUUGUGGGCUGUAUAGCAAUUGCCGACCUGUCAAUGGCCACGCAGUGUGCUCAUGCUUACCAAACUAUUUGGGUGCACCACCCAAUUGUCGUCCGGAAUGCAUGAGCAGCUCUGAUUGCGCACAAGACAAGUCGUGCAUCAAUGAACGUUGUAAAGAUCCCUGCCCCGGUACUUGUGGAAAUAAUGCGCUUUGUCGUGUCGUCAAUCACAAUCCGAUUUGCUCUUGUACACCUGGUUACACUGGCGAUCCAUUUGUACGCUGCAUCUACGAAGAGAAACGUCCUAUUAUAAGAGAUCCCAUAAAUCCAUGUGUACCAUCGCCGUGCGGCCCGAAUUCACAGUGUCAACUGUCGCAAGCAAACGGUCAAGCUGUGUGCUCGUGUCUGCCCAACUACAUUGGUAGAGCACCGAAUUGCCGACCUGAAUGCACAUCGAAUUCGGAGUGUCGCGGUAAUAUGGCUUGCAUCAAUCAACGCUGUCAAGAUCCUUGCCAAGGUUCAUGUGGCUCAUAUACGACAUGUAUUGUAAAUAAUCAUAGACCAAUUUGCCGCUGCUUGGAAGGUUAUACGGGUGAUCCUUUCUCAGAAUGUAGUCCACAAAUUAAUAUACCACCAGAAAUUCCAAUGCCUUGCAAUCCCAGCCCCUGUGGCGCUAAUGCUGUUUGCAAGGAACGUAAUGGCGUGGGUGCUUGUACCUGUUUGCCUGAAUACUCUGGAGAUCCGUACACGGAAUGUCGCCCCGAAUGUGUAUUGAAUACUGACUGUCCGAAGAAUCUCGCUUGUAUGAACAACAAAUGUCGCGAUCCAUGCCCUGGAGUUUGCGGCGUUGGUGCAGAGUGUCAUGUCAUUAAUCACGCGCCCAGCUGCAGUUGUCCGUCUGGUUACACCGGUAACCCGUCGGAAUAUUGUCGCGAACAACCAAAACACAUCGAACCCGUACAACCUUGCCGUCCUUCGCCAUGUGGCCCUUACAGCCAAUGUCGUGAAGUGAACGGUCAUGCCGUCUGUUCGUGCAUUACCAAUUAUAUUGGUGCACCGCCGUCUUGUCGCCCCGAAUGCUCGGUUAGUUCUGAGUGUGCGCAGGACAAGGCGUGUGUGAAUUUGCGCUGUGUAGACCCAUGUCCGGGCACUUGCGGCAACGAAGCACGCUGUAAGGUAACAAACCAUAAUCCGAUCUGUACUUGUCCGCCUGGCUACUCAGGAGAUCCGUUCAUACGUUGUUUGAUCAAAGAACAGGAACCACGUUUACCGACAAGACCAACCAACCCUUGUGUCCCCAGUCCAUGUGGACCGAACUCACAAUGCCGUGCUGUUGGCGAAACGCCAGUCUGUUCAUGUUUGCCGAACUUUGUGGGUCGUGCACCAAAUUGUCGUCCCGAAUGUACGCUCAACUCGGAAUGUCCAGCCAAUUUGGCUUGUUUAAAUGAGCGUUGUAAAGAUCCAUGUCCCGGUUCUUGUGGCUUCAAUGCCUUCUGCAAUGUCGUGAAUCAUUCACCAGUGUGCAGUUGUGAGACUGGCUACACUGGCGAUCCAUUCGCCGGCUGUAAUCCAACGCCCACCGCUAUACCCGAAGAACGUCUUACACCCUGUGUACCCUCACCUUGUGGCCCUAAUGCCGAAUGUAGAGAGCGCAAUGGCGCUGGUUCAUGCGUCUGCUUGCCUGAAUACUUUGGAGAUCCCUAUAGUGGUUGCCGUCCUGAAUGUAUUGCCAACUCCGAUUGCCCACGUGACAAAUCUUGUGUAAACAACAAAUGCAGCGAUCCCUGUCCAGGUGUUUGCGGUUUGAAUGCCGAAUGUCGUGUAAAUAAUCAUGCGCCAACCUGUCAUUGUCUACAGGGUUACACGGGUAACCCGCUAAGCGCUUGCCGUGAAAUACCACAACUACCGCCAGCACCAACCCCGAAAGACACUAAUCCCUGCGUACCGUCACCAUGUGGUCCCUACAGUCAAUGCCGCGAGGUAAACGGUCACGCUGUUUGCUCCUGCCAGACAAAUUUCAUUGGUUCACCGCCGAAUUGCAAACCCGAAUGUAUCGUUUCCUCAGAUUGCGCACAAAACCUUGCAUGUCAAAAUCAGAAAUGUGUUGAUCCCUGCCCGGGUACUUGCGGUAGUGAGGCGCGCUGCCAAGUUAUUAAUCAUUAUGCGGCGUGCUCUUGCCCACCCGGUUAUACCGGAGAUCCCUUCAGUAGAUGUACUAGAAUUAAACUGGACGUGCCUUCUGUAGUAGCUAAACCUGGUAAUCCAUGUGUACCUUCACCGUGUGGACCCAACUCGAAAUGUCUCGAAGUUGGCGAUUCGCCUGCAUGCUCCUGUUUGCCUAACUACUUGGGGCGACCACCUAAUUGCCGUCCCGAGUGUCUAAGUAGCUCAGACUGUGCAGCUGAUUUAGCAUGUACCAAUCAGAAAUGUACAAAUCCUUGUAUCGGCGCAUGCGGUGUACAUACACAGUGUACAGUUAUUAAACACAAUCCUACGUGCCAAUGUGAAAUCGGCUAUACUGGAGAUCCAUUCUCUGGCUGUGCCGUUGUAAAAAUGACCCCAACGGAGGCACCACGCAAUCCAUGCAAUCCCAGCCCAUGUGGCGCUAACGCUGUUUGUCGUGAACGCAAUGGCGCUGGUUCUUGCUCGUGCUUGCCUGAAUACUUUGGCGAUCCGUAUAGCGGCUGUCGACCAGAAUGUGUGCAGAAUUCAGACUGCGAUCGCUCACGCGCCUGCAUCAAUAAUAAAUGUCAAGAUCCAUGCCCCGGUGUAUGUGGUAUCAAUGCCGAAUGUCGUGUCUUGAAUCAUGCACCGAACUGUUUGUGUUUCGAUGGUUACACCGGUGAUCCACAUCGUUCGUGUGCUGUGAUCGAAAUAACCACGAUUACACCGAUUAAUCCAUGCCAGCCAUCGCCAUGUGGUCCUUAUAGUGAAUGUCGUGAAUCUAAUGGGCAUGCUGUGUGCUCUUGCGUCGAUGGUUAUGUCGGCGCACCACCAUCUUGUAAACCGGAAUGUGUUGUUAGUUCAGAAUGUCCACAAAAUCGCGCUUGUCAAAACCAAAAAUGCGCGGAUCCAUGCCGUGGUGCGUGUGGUAAUAAUGCACGCUGUCAAGUGGUUAACCAUAAUCCGAUUUGUACAUGUGCGCCUGGUUUAACAGGUGAUCCGUUCACCUCUUGCAUUGAAGAACCAGAAGUAGUGCGCGAUCCACAAAAUCCAUGCGUACCCUCACCAUGUGGCCCCAACUCUUUGUGUCGUGAAAUUGGCGGACAGGCCGCAUGCUCAUGUCAAACCAACUAUGUGGGUCGUCCACCAAACUGCCGUCCGGAAUGUACCAACAACGAUGAAUGCCCCAAUAAUUUAUCAUGUCAGAAUGAACGUUGCGUCGAUCCUUGCCCCGGCUCUUGCGGUAACAAUGCUUUCUGUAAAGUGGUGCAACAUAAUGCCAUCUGCUCAUGUGCCGAUGGCUAUGAAGGCGAUCCAAUAUUGGGUUGCGACCUAAUACAACCAGUGCUACCGAAACAACCGCCCACAUCUCCCUGCGAACCUUCGCCUUGCGGCCCACAUGCCGAGUGCAGAGAACGAAAUGGCGCUGGCGCAUGUUAUUGUCAUGAGGGCUUCGAGGGCAAUCCCUACGAUACAGAUCGCGGCUGUCGUCGCGAAUGUGAAGUUAAUGAUGACUGUUCAACUGCACAGGCUUGCGUGCGCUUCAAAUGCGUUGACCCGUGCGACAACAUUUGUGGUGAAUUUGCUAUUUGCUCGGUGGAGAAUCAUGUGCCCACAUGCAAUUGCCCACCUGGUUACAGUGGUGAUCCAUUCUUCCAAUGCAAACAGAUACCAGUUACACCACCAUCACCAAUCAAUCCAUGCGUGCCAUCACCUUGUGGACCAAAUAGUAUCUGUCGUAGCAUAAACGACCAAGCUGUCUGUUCGUGCAAAUCUGGUUUCAUCAAUCAACCACCAAACUGCCGCCCUGAGUGUGUGGUCAGUUCGGAGUGCGCGCCGGAACGUGCAUGUGUAAACAAUAAAUGCGUCGAUCCAUGCUUACAUACCUGCGGCAUACGCGCUAUUUGUACGACAAAGAAUCAUAGCCCCAUCUGUACUUGCCCACGUGGCAUGACUGGUGAUCCAUUCGUACAGUGUUCGAAAAUACCAAUUAUUCACGAUAUUGAACCAACCGAACGUCCACCAUCGUGUGUACCAUCACCAUGCGGUCCCAACUCGAAAUGUCAAAUUGUCGGCGGUAGUCCUGCUUGCUCUUGUCUACAAGACUUUAUCGGCGCACCACCGAACUGCCGUCCCGAGUGUGUACUCAACUCUGAAUGCGGCCCAACUGAAGCUUGCAUCAAUCAGAAGUGCCGAGAUCCAUGUCCAGGUUCUUGUGGUUUCGAAGCUAAAUGUCAUGUGCUCAAUCAUGUACCGAUUUGCAAUUGUAUUGACGGUUAUACUGGUGAUCCAUUUAUACGUUGUAGUCCCAUACCACCAGUUACGGAAACACCGAAAACACCAAACGAUCCAUGCGAUCCAAGUCCGUGCGGACCGAAUGCAGACUGUUUCAACGGUGAAUGCCGCUGUCAAGACAAUUACCAAGGUAAUCCCUAUGAUGGCUGUCGUCCAGAAUGCACACUAUCAGCUGAUUGUGCGCGUGAUAAGGCUUGCAUGCGUAACAAAUGUGUGGAUCCAUGUCCGGGCACAUGCGGCAUUAAUGCCGUUUGUGAAGUUCUCAACCACAUACCAAUUUGUUCAUGUGUCGCUGACUACGAAGGUGAUCCGUUUAGCAGCUGUAAACCAAAGGUUAUCAUUGAACGUCCACAACAAGUUUGCUCGCCAUCACCAUGUGGUGCCAACAGUCAAUGCCGUGAUAUCAACGGUCAUGCUGUUUGCUCUUGCUUGGAUGGCUACAUCGGUAGCCCACCACAAUGUCGACCUGAAUGUGUGGUGUCCAGUGAGUGCACGGCACUUCAAGCUUGUGUAAACAAAAAGUGUACCGAUCCAUGCGCAGGCUCUUGCGGCAUUGAUGCACGUUGUGAAGUUAUCAAUCAUAGUCCUAUUUGCGGUUGUCCACCAGGCAAAACUGGCGAUCCAUUCAAACGUUGCCUAGAUUUACCACCACCUGAACCACCAAGGGAGCGUGAUCCAGGUACACCUCGUGAUCCUUGCGUACCAUCGCCAUGCGGUCCGAACUCAAUUUGCAAGGCUAGCGCUAGUGGACCUUCAUGUCAGUGCUUGCCAGAAUUCUUUGGCUCACCACCAAAUUGUCGUCCAGAAUGUAUCAUCAACCCGGAUUGUCCAUCCAGUCAAGCAUGUAUCAACAAUAAAUGCCGUGAUCCAUGUCCAGGCUCUUGCGGUACCAAUGCGGAAUGCCGCGUUAUUAGUCAUACUGUUUCCUGCUCAUGUCCCGCCGGUUUUGCGGGCAAUGCUUUUGUACAAUGCGUUCCAGCUAUUGAAGAGCCAGUCAAACCUUGCGAGCCCUCGCCAUGCGGUGCUAAUGCCGAAUGUAUUGAACGAAAUGGAGCCGCCUCAUGCAAAUGUAUUGACGAUUAUCAAGGCAAUCCUUACGAUGGCUGCCGACCCGAAUGUGUUCUCAGCUCUGACUGCCCAACAGAUAAGGCUUGCAUACGUAACAAAUGUAAGGAUCCUUGCCCUGGCAUCUGCGGCUCAAAUGCAGUAUGCUAUGCUGUUAACCAUGUGCCGAACUGUGUUUGCAGUGACGGUUACACAGGCGAUCCGUUCUCCAAUUGUCAACGCCAAGUUACGCCACAACAGCCACCACCACAAGGCAAUCCAUGUCAACCAUCACCUUGCGGACCCAACAGCAAAUGUCGAGUAUCGAACAGCCUGGCUGUCUGCUCUUGUUUGGACACAUUUAUUGGUGCACCACCAAAUUGUAAACCAGAGUGCACAGUCAACACAGAAUGUCCACAAAACAAGGCGUGUCAUAACUUUAGAUGUGCCAACCCUUGCGCAGGCACAUGUGGUGUGGAUGCUAAAUGUGAAGUGAUCAAUCACAAUCCAAUAUGCAGUUGUCCGCUAGAUAUGACUGGCGAUCCAUUCUCACGUUGUUAUCCAGCACCAAUCGCCCCACCGAAAGACGAGCCUAAGGCACCAAAGAAUCCAUGCUUCCCAUCACCUUGUGGCUUAUACGCUGAGUGUCGUGCCAUUGGCGAUCAACCAUCCUGUUCAUGUCUCUCGAAUUAUAUUGGUGUGCCACCAAAUUGCAGACCCGAAUGUGUCGUCAACACUGAUUGCGCGUCGGACAAAUCUUGCAUAGCAGAAAAAUGCCGCAAUCCAUGCGAAGGCACGUGUGGCAUCAAUUCCGAAUGCCGCAUACAAAAUCAUCUGGCCAUCUGCACUUGCCGCACUGGCUACACCGGCGAUCCGUUCUCACAAUGCGUGGAAAUCAUCGAAGUCAAAACACCACCCCCGGUAUCAGCUGAUCCCUGUGAUUUGCAACCAUGUGGCGCCAACGCCGAAUGUGACAAUGGCAUCUGCACUUGCAUACGUGACUAUCAAGGUGAUCCGUAUGUUGGAUGCCGUCCCGAAUGUACGCUCAGCACGGACUGUUCACCCAAUCGUGCUUGUCUCAAUAAGAAAUGCGUAGAUCCUUGCCCGGGUACUUGUGGCCAAAGUGCACAGUGUGACGUUAGCAACCAUAUACCAAUAUGCAGUUGUCCAAAGGGUUAUACCGGCGAUCCGUUCAUCAAUUGUCGCCCUGAGAUAAUACGUGACCUAAUACCUAGAGAUCCAUGUCAACCAAACCCUUGCGGCCCGAACAGCAUUUGUCAAACAACAGCACAGGGUGCUGUCUGCGCUUGUCAACCAGGCAUGCUGGGCUCACCACCAGCCUGCAAGCCAGAAUGUAUAGUCAGUUCAGAGUGUUCACUGCAAACGGCAUGCAUACAAAAGAAAUGUGUCGAUCCAUGUCCAGGCGCAUGCGGCCAAUUCGCUAGAUGUCAAGUCAUCAAUCACAAUCCGAUUUGUACAUGCAACUCCGGCUACACAGGCGAUCCGUUCACACGUUGUUACGAAGAGGAACGUGACGUCGCAGUGCGCCCACCAACCAAUCCGUGCAUACCAUCACCAUGUGGACCGAACUCCGAAUGUAAAGUGAUUGGCGAUAGUCCCGCCUGCUCAUGUGCGGUCAGCUUUUUGGGCAAACCACCAAACUGUCGUCCCGAGUGUACCAUCAAUCCGGAAUGCCCGCCUACCAAGGCAUGUAUACGUCAGAAAUGUGAAGACCCCUGUGUGGGUUCAUGCGGUUUCAACGCGCGUUGCAAUGUGGCCAAUCAUAUGCCUAUUUGCACAUGUGAAGUGGGAUAUACAGGUGAUCCGUUCACCGGCUGUCAGCCCGUACAAGAGCGUAUCGUACACGAACAAGUCACACCGUGCGAGCCGAAUCCUUGCGGCUCGAAUGCAAUUUGUCGCGAUCGUGGCGGCAUUGGCUCGUGUCAAUGUCUGCCAGACUACUUUGGUGAUCCAUAUCAAGCGUGUCGUCCCGAAUGUGUACGCAAUUCCGAUUGUCCAACACAACAAGCGUGCACACAACAGAAAUGCCGCGAUCCAUGUCCGGGCACAUGUGGCACGAAUGCUGAAUGUAGCGUUACAAAUCAUGUGCCAACUUGUAUGUGUCGCAUCGGUUAUACGGGCGAUCCGUAUCGUUAUUGUCAUGUGGAGCCGCCAGCACCGAUACGCCAAGCGCCACCUACAAACCCUUGUCAACCCUCACCCUGCGGUCCAAAUUCGCAGUGUCGCGAACUUAACGGGCAGGCGGUGUGCUCAUGUCUUGAACGUUAUAUCGGCGUACCGCCAAAUUGUCGUCCAGAAUGUGUGCUUAGCACUGAAUGUGCCUACGACAAGGCAUGCAUCAAUCAACGUUGUCAGGAUCCUUGUCCGGGCACUUGUGGCACGAAUGCGGAAUGCCGCGUGCGCAAUCAUAGUCCGCUAUGUCAGUGCCGCAACGGUUUCACUGGCGAUGCUUUUACGCGUUGUUAUCCGAUACCACCUGCACCUCCAGCCAUUUUACAUAUCGAACGCGAUCCUUGUGUACCCUCGCCUUGCGGUCCGCAUAGUGAGUGUCGCAACAUAAAUGGCGUACCGUCUUGUUCCUGUCUACAGAGUUAUAUUGGCGCGCCACCCAACUGUCAUCCGGAGUGUACCAUCAGCGCUGAGUGUCCCUCGAAUAGAGCGUGCUUACGUGAAAAGUGUAUCGAUCCUUGUCCAGGCUCUUGCGGCUUUUCCGCAGAGUGUAGUGUUGUCAAUCAUACACCGAUUUGCACGUGUCCCAGCGGUUUUACGGGCGAUCCAUUCAGCAACUGUCGUCCCUUGCCACCAGAACCUAUCAUCAAUGAACCUGUCGAUCCAUGUCAUCCUUCGCCGUGUGGCGCAAAUGCGCAAUGCAACAAUGGUGUUUGCACUUGUCUGCCAGAAUAUCAUGGUGAUCCGUACACAGGCUGUCGUCCCGAAUGUGUCUUGAAUACUGACUGCGCACGUGAUAAGGCGUGUCUGCGCAGCAAAUGCGCGAACCCUUGUCCAGGCACUUGUGGUGAAAAUGCCAUUUGUGAUGUUAUAAACCACAUACCAAUGUGUAGAUGUCCCGAUGGCACUGUUGGUAGUGCUUUCAUUCGUUGUAGUCCGGCGCCAAAAAUCGUAAAUACAAAUCCUUGUCAUCCUUCACCGUGUGGACCGAACUCACAAUGCCGUGAGGUCAACCAACAAGCCGUUUGCUCUUGUCUGCCAAACUUCAUAGGCAGUCCACCAACUUGCCGUCCGGAAUGUGUUUCGAAUUCCGAUUGCACGCCUACGCAGGCUUGCCUUAAUCAGAAAUGUGGCGAUCCAUGCCCCGGUACUUGCGGUAUCGGUGCCAAAUGCACUGUUGUCAAUCAUAGUCCAUUCUGUACUUGUCCACCUCGUUUUAGCGGCAAUCCAUUCAUACGCUGUCAACCGAUAAUUGAACCACCACGCGACGUUGUGCCAACAGAUCCAUGCCGUCCAUCACCAUGUGGACCAUAUGCGCAGUGUCGCCCCAUUGGCGAGGCGCCAUCGUGCUCUUGUCUUGAAUCGUAUAUAGGUCGCCCACCCAAUUGUCGUCCAGAAUGUGUCACGAGCUCUGAUUGUGCCAGCAGCUUGGCUUGUAUUAAUCAGAAAUGUGUUGAUCCAUGUCCGGGACGUUGUGGUGUCAAUGCGGAAUGCCGUGUAGUUAGCCAUGCGGUACAAUGUACUUGUGUGGUCGGCUAUACUGGCGAUCCAUUUGUGCAAUGCAAUCUACCACCCGAACGAGACGUGGUCGAGGUACGCACACCCUGCAGCCCAAGUCCUUGUGGCCCGAAUGCAGUUUGCCGCGAACGCAAUGGCGCCGGUUCAUGCGCUUGUUUGCCUGAAUACUUUGGUAAUCCUUAUGAGGGUUGUCGCCCCGAGUGCGUAAUGAAUUCUGAUUGUCCUUCGAAUAAGGCAUGUCAACAACAGAAAUGUCAGGAUCCUUGCCCAGGAACAUGUGGUCAGAAUGCCGAUUGUCAAGUAGUCAACCAUUUGCCUUCCUGUACGUGCAUAACUGGCUACACUGGUGAUCCAUACCGCAUUUGCACCCGCCCAGUUGAACCUAUGCGCACGGAAUAUGUUAACCCCUGUCAACCAUCGCCAUGCGGCCCAAAUAGUCAGUGCCGCGAGGUGAAUAGUCAAGCUGUGUGCUCUUGUCUACCAGAAUUUAUUGGCACACCACCCGCUUGUCGUCCCGAAUGCACCAUUUCGUCAGAGUGUGCCACAGAUAGGGCCUGCGUUAAUCAUAAGUGCGUAGAUCCAUGCGCUGCUAAUCCAUGUGGCAGCAAUGCUCAAUGUCGCGUUCGAAAUCAUAGUCCAAUUUGUACUUGCAAUAAUGGAUUUACCGGCGAUGCAUUCACUAGAUGUUAUCCUAUACCACCGCCCCCUAUCGAAAUUGAACGCGAAGAGAUUCGUGACCCCUGUCUGCCAUCACCUUGUGGUCCUAAUGCAGAGUGUCGUAAUGUAAAUGGAGUGCCCUCAUGUUCUUGUUUAGCUACUUUUAUUGGUCAACCACCCAACUGUCGUCCAGAGUGUACCAUCAACUCGGAAUGUCCAAGUCAACAGGCUUGCAUCAAUCAGAAAUGCCGCGAUCCCUGUCCAGGUGCUUGUGGUCUAAAUACAGUUUGUCGUGUCAUCAAUCAUACGCCAACAUGUCUGUGCAUAGAUGGUUAUAUCGGAAAUCCGUUUAUCAACUGUAACCCUAAGCCACCAGAACCAACUCAACCACCAAUUCGCAAUGAUCCAUGUGUUCCAUCACCGUGUGGACCAAAUGCUCAAUGCAACAAUGGACAAUGCACUUGUAUACCUGAAUACCAGGGUGAUCCCUAUGUAGGCUGUCGUCCAGAAUGUGUUCUUAACUCCGAUUGUGCACGUGAUCGCGCUUGCGUGCGCAAUAAAUGUAUCGACCCUUGUCCCGGAACUUGUGGUACCAAUGCUAUUUGUGUUGUCAACAACCAUGUGCCCAUGUGUCACUGUCCGGACAAUAUGUCGGGCAACGCCUUCUUUGAAUGUCGCGUGAUUGAAAAACCAGUUCCAAUAAACCCUUGCCAACCAUCACCAUGUGGUCCCAACAGUCAAUGCCGCGAAUUACAAAAUGUAGGUGUGUGCUCUUGUUUGCCAGACUUCAUUGGUAGUCCACCGCAAUGUCGACCGGAAUGUACAACGAACUCGGAUUGUCCACCAGAUCAGGCAUGUCAGAACUCCAAGUGUCGCGACCCUUGUCCUGGCACCUGCGGCUUCAACGCAGUAUGCAACGUUGUCAAUCAUAAUCCAUUCUGUACUUGUCGCGCUCAAAUGACAGGAAAUCCAUUUGUGCGUUGCCAGGAAAUAAUUGCUCCUAUACGUGAUGUCACACCUGCUAAUCCUUGUGUGCCCACGCCUUGCGGUCCAAAUUCCGAAUGCCGCGUUUCAGGUGACUCCCCGUCAUGUUCAUGCUUGCCAGAUUUUACAGGAUCACCACCAAAUUGUCGCCCUGAAUGUGUUUCAAACUCAGAAUGUCCAUCCACCCAAGCAUGUAUAAAUCAAAAGUGCAAAGACCCAUGUCCUGGACUAUGUGGCUUAAAUGCCAAUUGUCGGGUCUUCAGUCACACACCCAUGUGUCUCUGCCAAGAAGGCUUUACUGGAGAUCCAUUCUCACAAUGUAAUCCAGUACGAGCAGAACCAAUCGAAGUAUUGAGGCCAUGCAGUCCCAGUCCAUGCGGCAUCAAUGCUAAAUGUGAAGAACGCGACAAUGCUGGCUCUUGUCAAUGCUUACCAGAGUACUUCGGUAAUCCAUACGAAGGUUGUCGUCCUGAAUGUGUCUUGAACUCAGAUUGUCCGUCGAAUAAGGCAUGCCAAAAUCAGAAAUGCGUCGAUCCAUGUCCCGGCACUUGUGGCACAAAUGCAAUAUGUCAAGUGAUUAAUCAUUUACCGUCUUGUGAAUGCUAUCCCGGUUACAAUGGUGACCCUUAUCGCCUAUGCCAAGUACUACAAGAAGAACCUCCUAAAGUAUACGUAAAUCCCUGCCAACCAUCCCCUUGUGGUCCAAAUUCGAAAUGCCGUGAAGUAAACGGUCAAGGAGUAUGUUCUUGUUUGCCAGAUUAUGUCGGUAGUCCACCAGCAUGUCGACCAGAAUGCACUUCAAGCUCUGAAUGUGCUGCUGAUAAAGCAUGUAUCAAUCGGAAAUGCGUAGAUCCUUGCCCUGGAGUCUGUGGGCAGAAUGCUGAGUGUCGCGUAAGAAACCAUAGCCCUAUCUGCACAUGUAACAACGGCUUUACCGGUGACGCAUUCGUGCGUUGCUUCCGAAUCAUAACUCCGGUAUCAAUACCACCGCCACAACGUCAACCACAAGAUCCUUGCGUACCAUCACCGUGUGGACCAAACUCGCAGUGUCGCGAUGUACGCGGCUCACCAUCAUGCUCCUGUCUGCCAAAUUUCCUUGGCGCACCACCCACUUGCCGUCCGGAAUGUAGUCUAAACUCGGAGUGUCCAAGUCAUCAAGCCUGUAUAAAUCAGAAAUGUCGCGACCCAUGUCCAGGUUCUUGUGGCAUUAGCGCAUUGUGCAAUGUGAUAAACCACACACCAAUUUGUACAUGUCAAACCGGUUAUACCGGCAAUCCAUUCACUGUCUGCAAUCCCUUACCACCACCAAGAACUGAAGUUGUGCCUCAGGAUGAUCCAUGCGUACCCUCACCAUGCGGACCUAACGCAAAAUGUAACAAUGGUCAGUGUACAUGUAUACCCGAGUACCAUGGAGAUCCUUAUACAGGCUGUAGGCCAGAGUGUGUAUUGCAUACAGAAUGCGCUAGAGAUCGCUCCUGUGUACGACACAAAUGUGUUGAUCCUUGUCCAGGAACUUGCGCUUCUAACGCCAUAUGCGAAGUUAUGAAUCACAUACCGAUUUGUCGUUGUCCCGACGGUAUGGAAGGCAACGCUUUCGUACAAUGUUCACCCAUACCAAAAUUAGAUGUGCCACAGAACCCUUGCCAGCCAACACCUUGCGGUCCAAAUAGUCAAUGUCGUGAAGUAAAUCAACAAGCUGUCUGCUCUUGCAUCGCAUCUUAUGUUGGUAGCCCACCGUUUUGUAGGCCGGAAUGCACAAUCAACUCGGAAUGUCCGCUUAAUCAAGCUUGUCUCAAUCAAAAAUGUUCCGAUCCAUGUCCCGGAGUUUGUGGCAACAGUGCCCUUUGUCAUGUUACCAAUCAUAUACCGUUCUGCCGUUGUCCCGAUAGAUAUUCCGGCAAUCCAUUUGUAAGUUGCCAACCGAUUUUAGAUACACCCGAACCUCGUCCACCAAGUCAACCUUGUGUACCAUCGCCUUGCGGUCCGUACUCGGAAUGCCGCGCUGUUGGUGAUACACCUUCGUGUACUUGCUUAACAGACUAUAUCGGUGCGCCACCAAAUUGUCGACCAGAAUGCGUUGCCAGCUCAGAAUGCAACACCAAUUUGGCUUGCAUUAAUCAAAAAUGCAAAGAUCCUUGUCCAGGUUUGUGUGGCAAUAGCGCUUUGUGUCGUGUGCUUUCACACACGCCAAGCUGUUAUUGUCCAAUCGGCUUUGAAGGCGAUCCAUUUAUACAAUGUGUGGAAAGCAAGAUACCACAACUGGAUCACGUCGAUCCUUGCAAUCCAAGUCCAUGUGGACCAAAUGCACGUUGCAUACAACGUAAUGAUGCUGGUUCAUGCCAAUGCCUUCCCGAAUACUUUGGAAAUCCUUACGAAGGAUGUAGACCCGAGUGUAUGUUGAAUUCCGAUUGUGCUUCCGAUAAGGCCUGUCAAAAUAUGAAGUGUCGUGAUCCUUGUCCAGGCACUUGUGGACAGAAUGCCAUCUGUUCAGUACUCAAUCAUGUGCCAACCUGUAACUGUGUACCUGGUUAUAGCGGUGACCCAUAUCGCUCUUGUCAAGUGGAGAAACAACCUAUCAAGGAAUAUGUGAACCCAUGUCAGCCAUCACCUUGUGGUCCCAACUCACAGUGUCGUGAAAUAAACGAGCAAGCUGUGUGUUCUUGUUUACCUGAAUAUAUUGGCAGUCCACCACUGUGCCGUCCCGAGUGCACCAUCUCCACUGAGUGUGCUUUCGACAAAGCCUGUAUCAAUCAGAAAUGUGUAGACCCUUGUCCGGGCACGUGUGGACAGAACGCCAAUUGUCGCGUACAUAAUCAUAGUCCAAUCUGUUCUUGUCGUCCAGGUUUUACGGGAGAUGCCUUUUCACGUUGCUUCGCUAUACCACCUACACCACCUGCACCCGUACAACGUCAGCCCGUCGAUCCUUGCGUACCCUCACCAUGUGGUCCGAAUUCACAAUGCCGUCGCAUUGGAGAUUCGCCUUCAUGUUCUUGUUUACCCAGUUAUAUCGGCGCGCCACCUAAUUGUCGUCCAGAGUGUACCAUUAAUGCUGAAUGUCCAAGCAGUCAGGCGUGUAUCAAUGAAAAAUGUCGGGAUCCUUGUCCCGGCUCUUGUGGUUUGGGCGCUAUCUGUAAUGUUAUCAAUCAUACACCGAGCUGUGUUUGCCCAACUGGAUAUACUGGAGAUCCUUUCACUUAUUGCCUACCCGAGCCGCCACCAAAACCUGUUGUCAAAGACGACCCCUGCAAUCCAUCACCCUGUGGUUCGAAUGCUCAAUGCAACGAUGGUGUUUGUACUUGUUUACCGGAGUACCAAGGCGAUCCGUAUACCGGUUGUCGACCUGAAUGCGUACUAAAUACUGAUUGCCCACGCGAUCGCGCUUGCAUACGCAAUAAAUGUGUUGAUCCUUGUCCCGGCACUUGUGCAUCAAAUGCUUUAUGUAGCGUCAUCAAUCACAUACCAAUCUGUUCAUGUCCGAGCGGCAUGUCAGGCAACGCUUUUCUACUGUGCUCACCCAUACCACCACCCGUUAAGGUUAACCCUUGUCAACCCUCACCUUGCGGUCCCAAUUCACAGUGUCGUGAAGUAAACGAGCAAGCUGUUUGCUCUUGCAUACCUGGGUUCAUUGGCGCCCCACCAACCUGUCGACCGGAGUGUACUGCCAAUCAGGAGUGUCCCGCAAAUUUGGCGUGCAUUAAUCAAAAAUGUGUUGAUCCUUGCCCGGGUACGUGCGGACGAAACGCACAGUGUAGCACCGUGAAUCACAAUCCAUUCUGCACCUGCAUACCUCACUACACUGGAAAUCCAUUUGUCGCUUGUCAGCGUAUCAUCGAACAACCACAAUUGGAUGUCACACCUGCCGAUCCGUGCCGACCCUCGCCAUGCGGUCCCAACUCAGAAUGUCGCGCAAUUGGCGACACACCAUCGUGCACGUGUCUGGAAAAUUUCAUUGGUUCCCCACCGUACUGCAAGCCGGAAUGCGUUUCAAAUUCGGAAUGUCCAUCAACAAAGGCUUGCAUUAAUCAGAAAUGCAAAGAUCCCUGUCCAGGGCUAUGUGGCACCGGUGCCGAGUGUCACGUUUUAUCGCAUACACCUCGUUGCAACUGUUUACCUGGCUUCACUGGCGAUCCAUUCACAAUCUGUCAACCGAUACGUCUAUCCGCGCCGAUUGAGGUGCUCAAUCCAUGCUCACCAUCGCCUUGCGGUGCCAACGCUAAUUGUUUGGAACGUAAUGGCGCCGGUGCGUGUCAAUGUUUGCCGGAAUACUUUGGCAAUCCAUACGAAGGUUGUCGACCGGAAUGUGUGCUCAAUUCGGACUGUCCGUCGAAUAAGGCUUGUCAGAAUCAAAAAUGUCGCGAUCCUUGCCCCGGAACCUGUGGACAGAAUGCCGAAUGUAAUGUCGUUAAUCAUAUACCAAAUUGUAAUUGCUUCGUUGGCUAUACUGGGGAUCCAUACCGUUAUUGCACGAGACCAGCAGAACCCAUUAUACAAGAGUACGUAAAUCCAUGCCAACCUAGUCCAUGUGGACCCAAUUCUCAAUGUCGCGAAGUAAACAGUCAAGCAGUGUGUUCAUGUCUAAGUGAGUUUAUAGGCGUACCACCUUCCUGUAGACCCGAGUGUACAUCAAGUUCAGAGUGUGCAAGUGAUAAGGCUUGUAUAAAUCGAAAAUGCGUCGACCCUUGCCCUGGUGUUUGCGGUCAAAGUGCCGUAUGUCAAGUGCGUAAUCAUAGUCCAAUAUGUUCCUGCCGCAAUGGUCUAACCGGUGAUCCAUUCGUGCGUUGUUACCCAUUACCACCGCCCACACCUCCUCAACCCGCCGAUGUAUAUCGUGAUCCUUGUGUGCCAUCACCAUGUGGUCCGUAUGCCACAUGCCGCAACCAAAAUAAUGUGCCAUCUUGUACGUGCCAACCGAAUUAUAUAGGCGCCCCACCAAAUUGUCGUCCGGAGUGUACAGUUAACUCAGAUUGUAUCAGUAGUCAGGCAUGUAUAAAUGAACGGUGUCGCGAUCCUUGUCCGGGCGCAUGCGGUGUGAAUACAGUGUGUAGUGUCAUAAACCACACACCUAACUGUGCGUGUCAACCCGGUUACAUAGGCGAUGCAUUCAUUGCUUGCCAUCCAGCACCACCACCUCCACCACCACAACAAGAACCUAUUGACCCCUGCAAUCCUAGUCCAUGCGGACCGAACGCAAUCUGUUCAGGUGAUGGGCAAUGUUCUUGUAUAGCUGACUACCAAGGUGACCCGUAUGUCGCGUGCAAACCAGAAUGUAUACUCAAUACCGAGUGUCCACGCGAUCGCGCUUGUAUACGACAAAAAUGUGUUGAUCCUUGUCCAGGCACAUGUGGCUCGGAGGCUAUAUGUGAAGUCUAUAAUCAUGUGCCCAUGUGUCGUUGUCCGGAACGCAUGACUGGCAAUGCAUUUGUGCAAUGUGUAGCGGUUCAAACUGAUAUUUACCGUAAUCCUUGUCAACCAUCGCCUUGCGGUCCGAACUCACAGUGUCGCGAAGUGAACUCACAAGCUGUAUGUAGCUGCCUGCCCGACUAUCUAGGAAGUCCACCAUCAUGCCGCCCAGAAUGUACCAGCAACUCUGAUUGUCCACCAAAUCGCGCUUGCCAAAAUCAACGCUGCGUAGAUCCAUGCCCAGGUACUUGUGGCUUGUACGCGAAAUGCGUGGUUGUCAAUCAUAAUCCAUUCUGCACGUGCAAUGAACGCUACACGGGCAAUCCAUUUGUACAAUGUCGUCCUAUUAUUGAACCUGUACGUGAUGUUACACCAGUCAAUCCAUGUCAACCCUCACCAUGUGGCCCGAAUAGUCGCUGCCAAGCUGUAGGAGAGUCACCAUCAUGCUCUUGCCUUGAAAACUUCUACGGUCAACCACCCAAUUGCCGUCCCGAAUGUGUUACAAACUCGGAGUGUUCGUCGAAUAAUGUAUGUCGCAAUAAUCGCUGCGUCGAUCCAUGUCCUGGUCUCUGUGGCAGCAAUGCUCUCUGUCGUGUAAUAAGUCACACAGCAAUGUGUUAUUGUGAGAACGACUACACCGGUGAUCCAUUCGUACAGUGUAACUUAAUUGUACGUGCACCAACUGAAGUUGUCGAUCCUUGCAAUCCUAAUCCAUGUGGUUCAUUCGCGGAAUGUCUACAACAAAAUGGUGUCGGAUCAUGCAAAUGUCUUGAAGAAUAUUUCGGCAAUCCUUACGAAGGUUGCCGCCCUGAAUGUGUACUCAAUACCGAUUGUCCAUCGAACAAGGCGUGUAUCAAUCAGAAAUGUCGUGAUCCUUGUCCAGGCACAUGUGGUUUGAAUGCUGAGUGUCACACCAGAAAUCAUUUACCCACCUGUGCUUGCUUAUACGGCUUUGUAGGCGAUCCAUAUCGUUAUUGCGCCGUUGAAGAGAAACCCAUAAUACAAGAGUAUGUCAAUCCAUGUCAACCAUCACCAUGCGGUCCGAAUAGUCAGUGUCGCGAAGUGAAUAGUCAAGCCGUGUGCUCUUGUCUACCCGAAUUUAUUGGCACUCCACCGGCGUGUAGACCCGAAUGUACCAUCAGCACUGAGUGUAGUUUCGAUAAGGCAUGCAUCAAUCAAAAAUGUGCCGAUCCAUGUCCAGGCGUUUGUGGUACGGGAGCACAGUGCCAGGUGCGCAACCACGCACCACUAUGCUCCUGCCAGCUUGGCUACACUGGCGAUCCGUUUACCCGUUGCUAUCCCAUACCUCCGCCACCACCGACAAUUGUCGCCGAACCAAUACGAGAUCCGUGCUUGCCUUCACCUUGUGGUCCCAACUCACAAUGCAGAAACAUCAACAAUCAAGCCUCUUGCUCUUGUUUACCCAAUUUCUUUGGCGCACCACCAAAUUGUCGUCCAGAGUGUGUCACCAACUCGGAGUGUUCAUCCAACCUGGCAUGCAUUAAUAAUCGUUGCACUGACCCUUGCCCGGGUUCCUGCGCGUACAAUGCUCUGUGCAGUGUGAUAAAUCACAUACCGAUAUGUUCUUGUCCAAAGGAUUAUGUAGGCGAUCCAUUUGUUAGUUGUCAACCAGCGCCACCACCUAAACCACCAGUAAAAGAUGAUCCUUGUAAUCCGUCACCUUGUGGCCCUAACGCAGUCUGUAACGAUGGUCAAUGCACUUGUAUACCGGAAUACCAAGGCGACCCCUUCAUUGGCUGUCGUCCUGAGUGUGUGUUGAAUUCUGAAUGUCCACAUGAUAAGGCUUGCAUUAGAAAUAAAUGUGUUGAUCCAUGUCCGGGUACAUGUGGUGUGAAUGCUAUUUGUGAAGUGCUAAAUCAUGUGCCCAUGUGUCGCUGCCCAGAUGGCAUGUCCGGAAAUGCAUUCUACCAAUGUGAUCCAAUACCACCUAAACUCAUAUCUAAUCCAUGUGAACCAUCACCGUGCGGUCCGAAUAGCCGCUGUCGUGUUGUCAAUCAAAACGCUGUCUGCUCUUGCAUCGAAGGUUUCAUCGGCAAUCCACCGACAUGUCGUCCAGAGUGUGUACGCAAUUCCGAUUGCGGUCCACAAAUGGCCUGCCAAAAUCAAAAGUGUGUCGAUCCUUGUCCCGGCGCUUGUGGCUUCAAAGCUAUUUGCAAAGUGACAAAUCAUGCACCUAUCUGUACAUGUCCGGUGCGUCAUACUGGCAAUCCGUUCGUGGCCUGUCAACCCAUAAUUGAACCACCGAUACGUUUGCAAGAACCAAAGGAUCCUUGUUAUCCAUCUCCUUGCGGUCCAAAUUCGCAAUGCCGCGCUGUUGGUGAUGCGCCAUCUUGUUCAUGUUUACCAGAAUUCACAGGCUCACCACCAAAUUGUCGUCCGGAGUGCGUUACAAAUAGCGAAUGCAGUCAAGAUAAGGCAUGCAUUAAUCAGAAAUGUGUUGAUCCUUGUCCUGGCUUAUGCGGACAGAAUGCUCAAUGUCGUGUUAUCAGUCAUACUGCGAUGUGUCUUUGUGCGCCUGGCUUUACAGGCGAUCCCUUCACUGCCUGCUUACCGGAGCCAGUAAAACAAGAUGAAUUUAUAUCGCCUUGUGAACCAAACCCUUGUGGUGUUAACGCAGAAUGUCGUCAAGUGAACAACGCCGGGUCUUGUCAGUGCUUGCCAGAAUACUUUGGUAAUCCUUAUGAAGGCUGUCGUCCAGAAUGUGUCACAAACUCGGAUUGUCCGCUUGAUAAAUCAUGCCAGAAUCAGAAAUGCCGCGAUCCUUGUCCUGGUGUCUGCGCGCUAAAUGCUAUUUGUCGCGUAAUAAAUCAUUUGCCAUCUUGUAAUUGUCUCGACGGUUUUGUAGGUGAUCCAUAUAGUUAUUGUCAAUUACCAGAGAAACCAAUUAUAAAAGAAUACGUGAAUCCCUGUCAACCAUCGCCCUGCGGACCUAAUUCGCAAUGUCGGGAGGUAAACGAACAAGCGGUAUGUUCAUGUCUGCCCGAAUUUGUUGGCACACCGCCAGCAUGUCGACCAGAGUGUACUACGAGCGCUGAAUGUGCCCUAGAUAAGGCGUGCAUCAACCAAAAAUGUCAGGAUCCUUGUCCUGGCACAUGCGGUUAUAAUGCGGUGUGUAACGUACGCAACCAUUCACCUUUCUGUACUUGUAUCAAUGGAUAUACAGGAAAUGCCUUCACGCGUUGUUAUCCAAUACCACCACCUCCACCAGCUGCAACACCACCUGAACCUGUGCGUAAUCCAUGCGUGCCCUCGCCUUGUGGACAGUUUGCUGAAUGUCGCGACAUCAAUGGCAGUCCAUCCUGUUCAUGUCUACCUACUUACAUUGGUAGUCCACCAAAUUGUCGACCGGAAUGCACGAGAAAUUCAGAUUGCGCGAGCACACAAGCUUGUAUUAAUCAAAAAUGCCGCGAUCCUUGUCCAGGCGCAUGCGGUUUCAAUGCAAACUGUCAUGUUAUUAAUCACACACCAAUCUGCCAUUGUGCGCCAGGCUUGAUUGGAGAUCCAUUUGUCUCUUGUCAAGCGCCACCACCGCCACCUCCUAAACUAGCAGAGGAUCCAUGUAAUCCCUCACCUUGUGGUCCAAAUACUGUGUGUCGCGAUGGUCAGUGCGAAUGCAUACCGGAGUAUCAAGGUAAUCCACUGAUUGGUUGUCGUCCAGAAUGUGUUUUGAACACAGACUGUUCGUCGGACAAGGCAUGUAUACGUCAAAAAUGCGCAGAUCCUUGUCCGGGUACUUGUGCCUCGAAUGCCAUUUGUGAAGUACACAAUCACAUACCAAUGUGUCAUUGCCCAGAAGGUAUGACCGGUAAUGCAUUCGCUUUGUGCCAACCCAUACCUACACCAGUUGCGACGAACCCAUGUCAACCGUCGCCGUGUGGUCCAAAUUCACAGUGUCGUGUGGUGAAUCAACAAGCUGUGUGCUCUUGCUUACCUGAAUUCAUUGGAGCUCCACCAUCUUGUCGUCCAGAAUGUACCAGCAAUGCAGAGUGUGCGCUUAAUCGCGCCUGUUUACAGCAGAAAUGUCGCGAUCCUUGUCCCGGUGUCUGUGGAGUCAAUGCCGAAUGCACGGUCAUCAAUCACUCGCCGAUCUGUCGCUGUGCCAAUUCAUACACUGGCAAUCCGUUCGUUGCCUGCAGUCCUAUUCGAAUUGUGCCCCAAUUGGAUGCUACGCCCAAAGAUCCUUGCCGUCCCUCGCCUUGUGGACCGAAUGCUGAGUGUCGCGCAGUAGGCGACAGUCCAUCAUGUUCAUGUCUCAAAAACUUUAUUGGUGCCCCACCAAAUUGCCGUCCUGAAUGCGUAACGAAUUCCGAAUGUCCGCUUUCGCAAGCUUGCAUUAAUCAACGUUGCCAAGAUCCCUGCCCCGGUGUUUGUGGCUCAAAUGCCGAUUGUCAUGUCAUUAAUCAUACACCAAUGUGUGUAUGCACAAGCGGCUACACUGGCGAUCCAUUCAGCUAUUGCGAUGUCGUACGCGAUGUACCAGAGGAAGUACUCAACCCUUGUCAACCAAGUCCUUGCGGACCCAACACUGAAUGUAUCGUACGUAACGGCGCAGGCGCUUGUCAAUGUCUGCCUGAAUACCAAGGCAAUCCAUACGAGGGUUGUCGUCCAGAAUGUGUUGUAAACUCCGAUUGCCCAACGAACAAGGCUUGCCUACAGAACAAAUGUAAAGAUCCCUGUCCCGGUACUUGUGGACAGAAUGCACUCUGUUAUGUACGCAAUCAUUUGCCAACUUGCAACUGUUUAACUGGCUAUACGGGCGAUCCCUACAGCUACUGUGCGGUACUGACAGAACCUAAAUUGGAUGUGGUAAACCCAUGUCAGCCUUCACCAUGCGGACCAAAUUCACAAUGUAAAGAAGUCAAGCAACAAGCGGUCUGCUCUUGUCUACCAACAUUCAUCGGCAGCCCACCAGACUGUCGCCCCGAGUGUACCAUAUCCAGCGAAUGUGCGCUUGAUAAGGCAUGUGUAAAUCAAAAAUGCGUCGAUCCAUGCCCCGGCGUAUGUGGUCUGAACGCCGAAUGUCACGUGCGCAAUCAUAAUCCGCUUUGCACUUGUCGUAACCGUUACACCGGUGAUGCCUUUACUAGAUGUUACCCGAUACCACGUAAGACACACAUAGUUGUCGGAAGUAAAAACAUAUUUCUCAAACACCUUCUUAUUAUAGCACCACCACCUGUACCUGUAAUUAGAGAGGAAUAUCGCGAUCCAUGCGUACCAUCACCUUGUGGUGCUAAUGCUAUAUGUCGCAAUGUUAAUGAUCAGGCCUCGUGUUCUUGUCUACCCAACUAUUUAGGCGCACCACCCAAUUGUCGACCGGAGUGUUCCAUCAAUGCGGAAUGUGCACCGCACUUGGCGUGUAUAAAUGAAAAGUGCCGCGACCCCUGUCCGGGCUCUUGCGGUUUCUCUGCGAUUUGUAGUGUAAUUAACCACACACCAAUUUGUACCUGCCCAGCUGAUUAUACAGGCGAUCCGUUCACUAGCUGUACGCCUAAGCCACCCGCCCCACAGCUGCCUUUGAAAGACCCAUGUAAUCCAUCACCGUGCGGCAGUAAUGCCAUCUGUAAUAACGGCGUAUGCUCCUGCUUGCCUGAGUAUCAAGGAAACGCUUACGCCGGCUGUCGGCCAGAGUGUGUACUCAAUACUGAGUGCGCACGCGAUAAGGCUUGCGUACGAAACAAAUGUGUUGAUCCUUGUCCAGGCACAUGUGGUGUGGGCGCCAUCUGUGAUGUCUUUAAUCAUACACCGAUGUGUCGUUGCCCUGAGGGUAUGUCGGGCAAUGCUUUCAUCCAAUGCUCCGUAUUACAAACACCGCCAAUUGUGACGAACGUCUGUCAACCGUCGCCGUGUGGUCCGAAUUCACAAUGUAAUGAAGUUAAUCAACAAGCCGUUUGCGCUUGCUUGCCCAACUAUCUCGGCUCACCGCCUAACUGUCGACCUGAGUGUACCAUAAACUCGGAUUGUGCACCGAAUUUGGCUUGCGUUAACCAGAAGUGUCGAGAUCCUUGUCCCGGCAGCUGUGGUGUACGUGCGCUCUGUUCAGUCAUUAAUCACGUGCCAUUCUGUAGCUGCCCCAGCGGUUACACAGGCAAUGCGCAUACUUUGUGUCAACUUUUGCCACCACCGCCACCACCUCAACAGGAACCUGUAAACCCCUGCGUACCAUCACCAUGCGGACCGAAUUCACAAUGCGCCGACCGAAAUGGUUCACCAUCAUGCAGCUGCUUGCCAGACUAUAUCGGUGCUCCACCAAAUUGCCGCCCAGAGUGUAUAUCUUCCUCGGAAUGUGCCAGUAAUAAAGCUUGUAUCAACAUGAAGUGUCGCGAUCCAUGCCCCGGUGUUUGUGGUACAUCAGCUACUUGUCAUGUGGUUAGUCACACACCAUCUUGUGUCUGUAUCGCCGGUUAUGUGGGUGAUCCGUUCACACAAUGCUAUCCCGAACCGAUUGUUGAGCUCGAGCAGAUUAAUCCGUGUGUGCCUAGUCCAUGUGGCAGUAACGCUGUCUGCACCACACAAAAUAAUGCCGGCGCUUGUAAGUGUCUACCCGAGUAUUUCGGCAAUCCAUACGAGGGUUGUCGUCCCGAGUGUGUUACAAACUCUGACUGUGCUUCGAAUAAGGCUUGUCGAAAUCAAAAGUGUCAGGAUCCCUGCCCUGGUGUUUGUGGACAAAAUGCGCAAUGUGACGCGAUUAAUCAUUUGCCCACCUGCAGUUGUUUGUCGGGUUACACCGGUGAUCCGUACAGCUACUGUAAUGUCGUGAAAGAACCUAUUAGAGAAUAUGUUAAUCCAUGCAUACCCUCACCUUGCGGUCCGAAUUCGCAAUGUCGCGAGGUAAACGAACAAGCCGUUUGUUCAUGUCUGCCCGAAUUUAUUGGCAGUCCACCCUCUUGUCGUCCCGAAUGCACAUCGAACUCUGAAUGUCCCACCGAUAAAGCCUGUAUCAACAAAAAAUGUCAAGAUCCUUGUCCGGGCACUUGUGGCUCGAAUGCUGAGUGUCGCGUACGUUCACACAGCCCCUAUUGUAGUUGUCAACCAGGUUAUACCGGUGAUGCAUUUGUGCGUUGUUACCCUAUACCACCACCACCACCGCCGGCGCGUGAACCAUACCGCGAUCCAUGUGUGCCCUCACCAUGCGGUCAGUACGCCGUUUGUCGAGUGACAAAUGAACAGCCCACAUGUUCUUGCCUGCCUUCGUAUAACGGUUCUCCGCCUAAUUGUCGUCCAGAAUGUGUUGUGAACUCGGAUUGCGCCAGCAAUCGCGCUUGUAUAAACGAAAAGUGUCGCGAUCCUUGCCCGGGAUCUUGUGGAGUGUCUGCCAUUUGCAAUGUUUUAAAUCAUACGCCAGCGUGUACGUGCCCAGUCGGAUAUACAGGUGAUCCAUUCACCAACUGCCAUGCACAACCGGCGCCACCACCACCACCAAUACCUGCUGACGAUCCUUGCAUACCAUCGCCAUGUGGCACUAACGCUCAAUGCAGCGAUGGUAUUUGCACCUGUAUUGGCGAAUAUCAAGGUGAUCCAUACACUGGUUGUCGGCCCGAAUGUAUUCUGAAUACCGAAUGCUCACGCGAUAAAGCUUGUAUCAACCAGAAAUGUCAAGAUCCUUGUCCCGGCACCUGUGCUUCGAAUGCCAUCUGUGAAGUGCACAAUCAUGUGCCCAUGUGUCACUGUCCAGCGGGAAUGCAUGGUAAUGCAUUCGUUCUAUGCCAACCAGUACCGGAGAGACCAGCUGAACCAGCGCAUCCAUGUCAACCAUCACCAUGCGGUCCAAAUGCACAAUGUCAAGAUAGAAAUGGUAUAGCUGUUUGUUCGUGUGUGCCCGAUAUGAUUGGAACACCACCCGCUUGUCGCCCCGAAUGUAUCAGCAAUUCUGAGUGUCCAAUGAACCGCGCGUGCAUAAAUCAGAAAUGCAAGGAUCCUUGCCCAGGCGCUUGUGGUCAUAAUGCACUCUGCAAUAUUGUCAACCAUAACCCAAUCUGUUCGUGUCCAACAGGUUACACUGGAAGUCCAUUUGUAGCUUGUCAACCCAUCAUCACUCCACCAACUUAUGAGGAACCGCGCGAUCCCUGCCGUCCAUCACCGUGUGGCCCUAAUGCUCAGUGCAGCAACAUUAACGGCGCACCGUCUUGUACUUGUCUGUCUGAGUUUAUAGGCGCACCACCAAAUUGUCGUCCAGAGUGUAUAUCUAAUUCGGAAUGUCCAUCUGAUAAGGCCUGCAUUAAUCAGAAGUGUCGCGAUCCAUGUCCCGGUCUGUGUGGUUCCAAUGCGCAGUGUCAUACUUUGAAUCACAUACCAAAUUGUGUUUGUGAACAAGGUUAUGUUGGCGAUCCUUUCACAGUUUGUCGCCUACCAUUACCACCACCACCAGCACCAGUGCCCGACUUUAUUGACCCAUGUGAACCAAAUCCUUGUGGAGACAAUGCGGAAUGCCGUCGCCAUAACAAUGUUGGUUCUUGUGUCUGUCUACCAGAAUAUUUCGGCAAUCCUUACCAAGGCUGUCGUCCUGAGUGUGUGUUAAAUAGUGAUUGUCCGUCAAACAAAGCCUGUGUACAGCGUAAAUGUCGGGAUCCAUGUCCCGGCACUUGCGGUCGCAAUGCUGAGUGCCAGGUUGUUAAUCACCUCCCUGUUUGUCAUUGCUUGAGCGGCUAUACGGGCAAUCCAUUUAGCUUAUGCUCGCCAGUUAAACAAUUGGAGCCCGUCUAUGUUAAUCCAUGUCAGCCUUCGCCGUGCGGUCCGAAUGCACAGUGCCAUGAAGUCAAUCAGCAAGCUGUUUGUUCUUGUUUGCCCGAAUUUAUUGGCUCACCACCUGCUUGCCGUCCAGAGUGUACCGUUAACUCGGAAUGUCCACUCACACAGGCUUGUAUAAAUCGUAAAUGUGCGGAUCCUUGCCCUGGUACCUGUGGUCAAAAUGCGGAAUGUCGCGUGUACAACCAUAAUCCGAUUUGUUCGUGCAGAGACAGCUAUACAGGCGAUGCUUUUACACGUUGUUACCCAAUACCGCAGCCAAUCGCAGAUGUAACUCCACAACCACCAAGUAAUCCCUGCAAUCCUUCACCUUGUGGUCAAUACGCACAAUGUCACAAUCGUAACGGCGGCGCAGUUUGCUCAUGUCUACCUAGUUAUAUAGGCAGUCCACCAAAUUGUCGUCCCGAAUGUGUUGUACAUUCCGAUUGUCCCUCGAAUCGCGCCUGCAUCAAUGAGAAGUGUCGUGACCCAUGUCCCGGUUCAUGUGGUUUCAAUGCAAUUUGCAAUGUGCUCAAUCAUGUACCCAAUUGCGUCUGUCCAACUGGUUAUACCGGUGAUCCGUUCAGUAGCUGUCAACCAGAGCCACCAAAACCAGUGCAACGUGAACCCAUCAAACAGGAUCCUUGUGUGCCAUCACCUUGUGGUGCGAAUGCCGCUUGCAGUGGAGAAGGCGUGUGCACAUGUUUGCCCGAGUACCAUGGAGAUCCAUACAGUGGUUGUCGGCCAGAAUGUGUGUUGAAUAGCGACUGCGCUCGCGACCGCGCUUGUAUCAAUCAAAAAUGUAAAGACCCAUGUCCGGGAACUUGUGGCUCGCAGGCGCUCUGCAAUGUUAUAAACCAUGUACCAAUGUGUUCGUGUCCAGCGGGCAUGACCGGCAAUGCGUUUGUGCAUUGCGAUAGCAUACCAAUCAUCGAACCGCCAGCGCCCACAAAUCCCUGUCAACCUUCCCCUUGUGGUCCUAAUUCACAAUGUCGCGCUACAAAUCAACAAGCCAUCUGCUCUUGCUUGCCUGGCUAUAUUGGCGCUCCACCAUCUUGUCGCCCCGAAUGCGUUUCCAAUUCCGAAUGCGCUUUGGAUAAGUACUGUUUGAAUCAGCGUUGUCAAGAUCCUUGCGCCGGUACCUGCGGUUUGCGUGCCCUUUGUCAUGUACAAAAUCAUAGCCCAAUAUGUGCUUGUCCACCACACUACAGCGGUGAUCCGUUCAUUUCCUGCCAGCCAAUAAUUAUACCAAAACCGGCACCGAUUAGCGACGUAACGCCUGCAAACCCUUGCAUACCAUCACCAUGUGGACCGAACUCAGAAUGUACCGCCACUACGAAUGGCGCACAAUGUACUUGCUUACGUGAUUUCGUUGGCACUGCACCGCAUUGCCGUCCCGAAUGCGUAACAAGCGCUGAGUGCGCCUCGGACAAGGCGUGCAUCAAUCGUAAAUGCGCCGACCCCUGUCCGGGUUCGUGUGGUGUUGCAGCUGAGUGUCGUGUUUUGGCCCACAGCGCAAUGUGUUACUGCCCCAGCGGUUAUACUGGUGAUCCAUUCACUACAUGCAUAAAACAACAAGAACCGCCAACUGAGGUGGCUUUACCUUGCAGCCCCAGCCCUUGUGGUCCGAACGCGAUUUGCCAACCGCGUAAUGGCAUUAGUGUUUGCCAAUGCUUACCCGACUAUUUCGGUAAUCCUUAUGAAGCUUGUCGUCCGGAAUGUGUUAGGAAUUCGGAUUGCUCAGCAGACAAAGCUUGUCGAAACCAGAAGUGCCGUGAUCCUUGUCCCGGCACUUGUGGUUCGCAAGCCACUUGUCAAGUCAUCAAUCAUAUUCCGAACUGUGCCUGCUUGCCAGGCUAUCGUGGCGAUCCAUAUACACGUUGUGAAAUAGUGCAGGCAGAACCUGAACCACCUGUCCCAGUAAGUCCCUGUCAACCAUCACCAUGUGGCGCCAACGCACAAUGUCGUGAAUCAAAUGGUCAAGCUGUCUGCUCCUGCCUACCAGAAUUCGUUGGUACCCCUCCCACAUGCCGUCCGGAAUGUGUCGUAAGCUCAGAGUGUCCAUCUGACAAAGCGUGUAUCAACCAGAAAUGUAAAGAUCCCUGUCCAGGCGCUUGCGGCUUAAAUGCCGAGUGUCAUGUACACAACCACAGUCCACUAUGUGCUUGCAAGAACGGUUAUACCGGCGAGGCAUUCACCAGCUGUCGACCCAUACCACCUCCACGUACCCCAGAGCCGCCACAAGCAGAUGUGAAUCCAUGCAUACCUUCACCUUGCGGUCCAUACGCACAAUGCCGUGAAGUUAACGGCGCAGCAACUUGCAGCUGUUUGACGAACUACAUUGGCGCACCGCCCAACUGCCGUCCGGAAUGUACAAUCAAUGCGGAAUGUGCCAGCAAUAUGGCUUGUAUGAACGAACGUUGUCGCGAUCCAUGCCCCGGUUCGUGUGGUUUCUCAGCGCUUUGUAAUGUAAUCAAUCAUACGCCCAGCUGUUCUUGCCCAGUUGGCUAUACUGGUGAUCCGUUUACCAGUUGUCGUCUAUUGCCACCACCACCGCCAGCACCAAAACCAGCAGAACCUGUGGACCCAUGCAUUCCUUCACCUUGUGGUGCAAAUACUGUCUGCAAUAACGGUCAAUGUUCCUGCAUACCGGAAUAUCAUGGAGAUCCUAUCAUCGGUUGUCGCCCAGAAUGUGUUCUUAAUUCGGAUUGUUCUCGUGACCGCGCUUGCGUACGUAAUAAAUGUGUGGACCCCUGUCCCGGCACUUGCGGCCAACGUGCACUCUGCGACGUCAUCAACCACAUACCAAUGUGUCGUUGUCCGGAACGUAUGACUGGUAAUGCAUUUGUCGCUUGCGAUCCAGUUCCUGAAGUGGAGGUAAAGAAUCCAUGCCAGCCUUCACCUUGCGGUCCCAACUCCCAGUGUAUUGAAAGAGGUGGCAAUGCCAUCUGCUCUUGCAUUACUGGCUACUUCGGUAAUCCACCAAAUUGUCGCCUCGAGUGUUAUACCAGUUCAGAUUGUGCACAAAUUCACGCGUGUAUCAAUAACAAAUGUGUCGAUCCCUGUCCAGGUCAAUGUGGUUUGAAUGCUGAGUGUCAAGCGGUGCAGCAUCGCGCACAUUGCGAAUGCAUACGCGGUUACAGCGGUAAUCCAUAUUCAGUUUGUACGAGACCAGAAAUACGACAAGAACCACCCGUAAUACAGAAUCCUUGUGUACCAUCUCCUUGCGGUCCUAAUGCUCAAUGUUCCGACGUAAAGGGACAGCCACGUUGCUCAUGUCUGGCCGAUUAUAUUGGUACACCACCAAAUUGUCGACCAGAAUGCUCUAGUAACGACGAUUGUCCCAACAACUUGGCUUGCAUCAAUCGUAAAUGUCGUGACCCAUGUCCCGGUUCAUGCGGUUUGAAUGCCAAUUGUCUUGUGACCUUGCAUAUACCCAAUUGUCACUGCCCAGCGGGCAUGACCGGCGAUCCCUUCCGCGUGUGUUAUGAGGCUCCAAAAAUAUUGCCACCACCACCGAAACAGGAACCACGUGAUCCUUGCCGUCCAUCACCAUGCGGACCGAACAGCGAAUGUCGUGGACGUGGCGAUAGUUAUACCUGCUCAUGUAUUAAUGACUACAUUGGUAAUCCAUAUGAAGGUUGCCGUCCCGAAUGUAUCGGCAAUUCUGAGUGUUCCUCUAAUCGUGCUUGCAUACGCAACAAAUGCGCCGAUCCUUGCCCAGGCACUUGUGGUGUUGAGGCACUAUGUACCAUCCUCAAUCACAUACCGAUUUGCUCAUGCCCCUCAGGCUACAGUGGCAAUGCUUUCGUCCAGUGUUCUCCAAUCGUAGUAGUACACGUACCACAGGAACGUCGUGACCCAUGCUAUCCAACACCGUGCGGCACAAAUACAGUGUGCAAAGUACAACGCGAUCAAGCUGUUUGCGAAUGUCUGCCUGGCUUCUUCGGCAAUCCACAAGGUCAGGGUUGUCGCCCCGAAUGUACGCUCAGCUCGGAUUGUGCCAAGGAUAAGGCUUGCGUCAACACCAAGUGUGUCGAUCCAUGCCCCGGCGUCUGCGGUUAUGGUGCUCAAUGCCAGACCGCCAAUCACAAUCCAAUAUGUAGUUGUCCCAGUCCAAUGGUUGGCAAUCCAUUCGUAGAAUGUCAUGCACCACCACAACCAAUAGAUCCAUGCAAUCCAUCACCAUGUCGCAGCAAUGGCAUUUGCCAAGUUAUCAAUGGCGCCGCCACUUGCACGUAUCCAGAGUGUGUGACUAACGAGGACUGUUCACGUAAUCGCGCUUGUAUCAAUCAGAAGUGUCGCGAUCCAUGCAUAAAUGCUUGCGGCGUCAAUGCGAUUUGUAAUGCCAUCAAUCAUAAGGCUGUAUGUACCUGUCCAACCGGCUAUUAUGGCUCACCGUUUAACCAAUGUCUGCCACAAAUGGAGGAAAUACCCGCACCACGUCCGGAAUGUACCACCGACGCCGAAUGCUCGAACGAUAAGGCAUGCGUCAAUCAAGUUUGUCAGAAUCCAUGCGAACUCUCGAAUAUUUGUGGCACAAAUGCACGUUGCCACGUGCAACUGCAUAGACCACUCUGUGUUUGUAAUGAAGGUUACACCGGCAACGCUUUCAGCUAUUGCCAUGUCAUCGGCUGUCGCUCAGAUGAAGAAUGCCCCGCCACCGAGGCUUGCAUCAAUAAACAAUGUACCGAUCCUUGCCCAUACACGCAGUGUGGCACGAAUGCCAUCUGCCGUGCUGACUACAAUCACAAGGCACGCUGUCAUUGCCCCGACGGUUAUCGCGGCAAUCCAUUGUUGCGCUGUGAACGACCCGAAUGUACACGCGACGACGAGUGCGCCUUCAAUUUGGCCUGCAAGAAUGAACGUUGUGAAGAUCCAUGCAAUUGCGGUGUCGGCGCACAGUGUCGUGUCGACAAUCAUCGCGCACAAUGUCGCUGCCCACCUGGCUACAGUGGCAAUCCGCUGGUUAGCUGUGUGCUCGAAGAACCUAAGGUCGCACCACAAUGUACCAUGGACGCGGACUGUACCAGCAAGUUGGCCUGCUUCAAUGGCGAAUGUAAGAAUCCAUGCGCGGUGACGCAACCAUGUGGCGCAAAUGCUAUUUGCUCGGUAGUGGACACACUGCCGUUGCGUACUAUGAUCUGUCAAUGCGAACCCGGUUAUGUGGGUGAUGCGGAUGUGGGUUGUCGUAAAGAACCCGCACGUGAUCAUGGCUGCCAAUCGAAUAGUGAAUGCCAGGAUACUGAAGCUUGCCGCAAUGGCGCCUGUGUAAAUCCUUGUAUUGAUGGCUCACCUUGCGCCCGCACAGCCGAGUGCUUGGCUCAACGUCAUCGUGCCGUCUGCAGUUGCCCACAAGGCACACAGGGUGAUCCCUUCACAAACUGUUACCAACCACCUGAAAUAACCGCGGGCUGUAAACACGAUUCGGAAUGCCCGUCGACAACGGCCUGCAUUAAUCAACGCUGUCAAGAUCCAUGCGCUGAGGCGAAUCCAUGUGCUGGCAACGCGGAAUGCCGUGUGCGUAACUCGCGUCCAAUCUGCUCUUGCCCCGCCGGCUGGGGUGGUGAUCCACAAGUACAAUGCUACAAACCGGAGUGUAAGAUAAAUGCGGACUGUCCCUACGAUAAGGCUUGUAUCAAUGAGAACUGCGUAAAUCCGUGCAGCUAUGGUGAGGUACAUUGCGGUACUGGCGCUCAAUGCGCACCACAAAACCACCAAGCUGUCUGCAUAUGUCCACCGGGCACACAAGGCAAUCCGUUUGUCUCGUGUAUCACUGGACGCUGUCAAUACAAUGAGGAUUGCGCUGAACAUGAGGCUUGCGAUCGCUUGAAUCGCGUUUGCCGUCCGGUUUGCGAUGAGGACACUUGCGCGCUAAAUGCUAUUUGCAUCGGAAGACGCCAUCAACCGCAAUGUGAAUGUCGCCCUGGCUACAGCGGUAAUCCGUUCGUGCAGUGCGAUGUGCCACGCGAGCCACCGACUAAAGUGGAACCCGAGUGUAGACAGGAUGCCGAUUGUCCAUCACAAUUGGCUUGUAUUAAUCAACUUUGCGCUAAUCCUUGCGCAACACCACACGUUUGCACACCACAACAGACCUGCCACGUAUUGGAUACGCUGCCGUUGCGCACCAUGAUCUGCAAGUGCCCAAGCGAUACGAUCACAGAUAAUUCGGGCAAUUGUGUGCCAAUAAAACAUGAAAUGGUCAGCGGUUGUCAGAGCAACGAUGAAUGUGGCAACACCGAGGUCUGUCAACGUGGCGCGUGUAUAGACGCUUGCCGCUUGGAACGCUGCGGUGUUAAUGCACAAUGUCGCUCACGCGAUCACUAUGCCGAAUGCACAUGCGCACGCGGUUAUGAAGGUAAUCCACGCGUCGAAUGCCAGUUGAUCGUGCACGAACAACCGAAAACACCGGGCGCUGAAUGUACGAAGAAUGAUGACUGUCCAUAUGAUAAGACUUGUAAGAAUGAACGUUGCGUAAAUCCAUGUGCGGAAGAUUCCUGCGGACGCGGCGCCUACUGUCAUGUACAAAAUAGAGAACCGGUAUGCCGUUGCCCAACUGGUUUCACCGGUGAUGUGCGCGUUGCUUGUGUACCACCGCAAGAUGUCUCGACAGUUGGCUGCAAAUCCAAUUCCGAUUGCUCGCUUACCGAAUCAUGUGUCAAUGAACGUUGCGUUAAUCCUUGCAAUUGCGGUCCGAAUGCCGAGUGUAUUGUGCGUAAUCACCAUCCAGUUUGCUAUUGCCAACCUGGUUACUCUGGCAAUGCACAAUUCGGUUGCGUACAAAUUGGCUGUCAAUCGGACGACGAAUGCUCAACGGACCAACAAUGCGUGAAUCGUGAAUGUGUUAAUCCAUGCUUGAUCAGUGAUCCAUGUGCGCUCAAUGCCGAAUGCUUUGGUCGCAAUCAUCGCGCCACCUGUCGCUGUCCCGCCGGUUUGGAAGGUGAUCCAUUCCAACGUUGUGUACGCGUCGAAUGCCACUCAGACUAUGACUGUGCUACGAACCAAGCUUGUGUACGCAAUCAAUGCGUGAACCCAUGUCAGGAUAGCCCAUGCGCUCAAAAUGCCAUUUGUCAAGCGUUACAACAUCGCGCCGUUUGUCGCUGUCCCGAGACAAUGCCGCUCGGCAAUCCCUAUGCUUAUUGUGAACGCCGACCUGUGGAACCUGUAUGCCGCGAUGAUGGCGAUUGCCCGAGUCGCUUGGCUUGUAUCGACAACAAAUGCCAGAAUCCAUGCACCAUACUCUCACCAUGCGCAAGCUCUGCCAAAUGCAGUGUACUGGAUAGUGUGCCUGUGCGCACUAUGGUAUGCGAAUGUCCCGAAUCUUAUGUACCGGAUGCGCGCGGUGAGUGCAAACCGAUUGUGCUACAGAGUCCACCAGGCUGCAGUAGCGAUGCCGAUUGUCCCGAUCAGGAGGCGUGUAUCAAUCGUCAAUGCCGAAAUCCAUGCAACUGUGGCACCAACGCCAUAUGUCAAGUACAAAAUCAUCGCGCCACAUGCUCUUGUCAAGACGGUUACGAAGGCAAUCCCUACGCAUUCUGUCGCACCAUUGGCUGUCGCAUCGAUAGUGAAUGUGACUCUGGCAAGGCCUGCAUCAAUGGCAACUGUAUUAACCCGUGCUUAGUAAAUGAUCCUUGUGGCAUCAACGCCGAAUGCUAUGUGCAAUCUAAUACGGCUAUGUGUCGCUGCAAGAGCGGUUAUCGUGGUAAUGCUUACGAGCGUUGUCGCGUCAUUGGUUGUCUAACGAAUAAUGACUGCCCCUCCGAUAAGAUGUGUAACAAUGAGCAGUGCGUCAAUCCUUGUAUCUACCACAAUACUUGCUCACCACGAGCUGAAUGCCGCGCACAAAACCACUUGGCUGUCUGUCGCUGCCCCGCUGGCUUCUUAGGAAAUCCAUACGUCGACUGUCGACCAGAACCACAACCUAUGUGCAAGGUAGACACCGAUUGUCCAGCGCGCUUGGCUUGCAUCAACGAUGAGUGCGUCGAUCCUUGUCUCACACUGGAACCAUGCAAUCGGCCCGCGCAAUGCGAAGUGACACCAACUUCGCCUGUACGUACUAUGAUCUGCGUCUGCCCCGAUGGCUAUAUAAGCAGCGGCAGUGGCACUUGCAAACCAACGAAGACAAUUGUGGAAGUAGGCGGUUGUAUAGCCGAUUCAGACUGUGCAACAGACAAGUCCUGUGUGAAUGGCAUUUGUCGCGAUCCCUGCAAUUGUGGCUUAAACGCGGAAUGCCGCAUUAAGGACCAUAAACCGGUAUGCACUUGUCGCCAAGGCUACGAGGGCAACCCUGAAUUCGAAUGUUCCAAGAUUGAAUGCGCUAUUAACUCGGACUGUCCAUCGACACACGCUUGCCGCAACCAACUCUGUGUGCCUGUUUGCCAAGGUGAGCAAUGCGGCACAAAUGCCGAAUGUCUAGCAGUUGAUCACCGCGCUGUAUGUGAAUGCGUGCCCGGUUUCCGUGGCAAUGCGCGCAUCGCCUGUACACCACUUGGCUGUCGUACCGACGGCGAAUGUCCAUCAGAUAAGGCGUGUGUCAAUGGCAAAUGUGAGAACCCAUGCGAUAGCAAGGCCAUCUGCGCAUAUGACGAAAUUUGCAAGGUCUACAACCACCAACCGGAAUGCGCCUGUCCACCGGGUACAAUUGCGCGCCGCAACGGCUGUGAACCACUACGUGAUAUACCUAUUUGCCGCUACGAUGGCGACUGCCCAAGCCAAACAGCCUGUAUACGCGGUGAAUGCGUCAAUCCAUGCAAUGCAACACAUCCAUGUGGUGUGAAUGCUGACUGUCGUGUCUUAGAUACCGUGCCAGUACGCACAAUGAUCUGCGAAUGUUUGGAAGGCUACACCGGCAAUGCGGCCAUACAGUGUGACAAACGCUCUCUGUGCGUUAUCGAGAAAGGUUUCGUACGCGACGUUGACGGACAAUGUGUCUGCCCACCAGGCACUGCUUUAGACAUAUACGAAUAUUGCGCGCCAUGCCUGCCCGAACAAGGUUUCAAGAUCGACGAAAAUGGACGCUGUGUAUGCGCACUUGAGCGCGGUAUGGUUAUCGAUGAACGUGGACGCUGUAUAUGUCCGACAGAUCAUGGCUAUCGUCUAACGCCUGCUGGUGAAUGUAUCGCCGAAGAUCAACCCGGCUGUGAAACGAAUGAAGACUGCGCUGACAAUCGCUUCUGUAACACACGUACAAAGACCUGCGAGGAUCCUUGUCUGCAAAAGGUUUGCGGCGUAAACGCCUUCUGUAAUGCCAUCAACCAUCGGGCGCAGUGUCAAUGUAUUACCGGUUAUACUGGUAAUCCAGAGCUUAUCUGCAACCACACCAACUUCCGUACAGACUUCCCACGUCCCGAUAUGCUAGUUAGCUGUCUGGCUGAUGGCGUACAAGUCGAAAUACAUAUUACCGAACCCGGCUUCAAUGGCGUGCUCUACGUGAAGGGUCACAGCAAGGACGAAGAAUGUCGUCGUGUCGUGAAUUUAGCUGGUGAAAGUGUGCCGCGUACGGAAAUCUUCCGCGUACACUUCGGUAGCUGCGGCAUGCAAGCGGUUAAGGAUAUUGCAAGCUUCGUGCUUGUCAUACAGAAACAUCCGAAAUUAGUUACAUACAAGGCGCAAGCCUACAACAUCAAAUGUGUCUACCAGACUGGUGAGAAGAAUGUCACAUUGGGCUUCAAUGUGUCUAUGCUAACAACAGCAGGUACAAUUGCCAACACUGGACCGCCGCCAAUCUGUCAGAUGCGCAUUAUAACGCACGAAGGUGAAGAGAUUAACUCUGCGGAGAUUGGUGACAAUCUGAAACUGCAAGUUGAUGUCGAACCAGCAACAAUCUACGGUGGCUUCGCACGCUCCUGCAUUGCCAAAACAAUGGAGGAUAAUAUUGAGAACGAGUAUAUUGUCACCGAUGAGAAUGGUUGCGCUACAGAUGCGUCAAUCUUUGGCGAAUGGGAAUACAACCCCGAUACCAACAGCCUUAUGGCCAACUUCAACGCCUUCAAAUUCCCCUCGAGCGAUAAUAUACGCUUCCAAUGUAAUAUACGUGUCUGCUUCGGCAAAUGUCAACCGGUUAAUUGUCGUGGCUACAAUGCAUUCGGACGUAGAAGACGUCGUGCCAUUGCCGACAAUUCCACCGACACAACAGCGGUGGCCACCAACACCGGCAUGGAAGGACAAUUGCGUGAGGAGAUAACCAUCUCAUCGAAUGCCAUCUUGACAUUCGAGAAGCGCAGCGGACCGGGCAUCAAUGAUGCGAACAUCAAACCUGCGGCACAGCGCGUCGAGGACAUUUGCGUCUCCAUGGUGGGACUCAUAAUAGCGUUGGUCAUCACCGCUUUACUGGCUUUGGUAGCGGUCGCCGUAGCCGUCUCCUGUUGGCUGAUGGCCUACCGUCGACGACCCAAAACAUUAGCGCCACUACCACAUCCGCCAGAGUUCCCCAAUCCGCUAUUCGCGAAUCCCGAAGCUGUGCCAGAACCCACACCCGAUUAUCUAUCAUAAGCAAUGAUGAUAAACGCGUAAAUAUGCAAAUAGUAAAUAGUUUAGUUAAGCAACUAAUUGAAUGCAAGAAAACUAGAAUUUAGUAAAACAAAACAAAAACAAAGAAUGUAUAGAACAAAACAUAUUUGAGAAGCACGUGCAAAAAGUAGAAGAGAAUUAUAUAGAAAUAUAGAGUUAAAAGAGCGCAACUAUUUGCGCGUGAAAAAAUAUUUGAAAACGUGCAAAGAAAAACAAAAGUAUAAAGAAGAAGCAGCAUAAUUGCUGAAAAUAAUUGAAAAUCAAAAUACAAACUGGAUGUGUCAAAAUUUUCGAAAAAAAAGAACGAAAACAUGUAAUAUAUACUAGGAAACUACUACUCAACUCACCACAUGACAUUCCUAAAGAGCGUAGCUUAGGUUAGUUAGAUGACUAGCUGCGCGCACGUAUUAUAACUAAUAUGAGAAUUUCAAGUAGCUUUUUGAAUCGUGCGGUAAAAAACUGUAUAAGCGAAAAAUGCAAGAGAAGAAGAAAAUAUAUUUUUUUUAAUUUUAUUUUAGUUUUGAGUAAUUUUGUACAGAUUUUUAUAAUUUUAUAAUUUUUUUUUUUUUUUUUAAAACAUAUAUUUUUUUAUUUUUUUUUAAUCAGUAGAAAAAAUAUGUAGCUAGAAACAAAAACAAAAUAGCUAUGAACAACUGCCAAAGCUAUAACACUGCUUAUGUUUAUAGAAUAAACAUAGAAAAGAGGCGCAUAACGGCAUUUACGCAUUAUUGCAGAGGAACGUAAAGCAAAAGAAAGUAGAAGAAAAGGUUAUAGAGAAGAAGAAGAUAUUGGAUAUAGGAUAUUGAGGUUAUUGAUAUCGAAAGUAAGACAGUUCAGCCAGAAAUAGAGCGAAUAUGCCACAGCAUAUACAGAUUUAGCGAAGCUACGAAAGAAUUCUCAUCUAACAAAUACAACUUCUUCAUUAGUCGAAAUACACACAAACACACAUACAAUACACACACACACACAAAGACGCAAUAAUGCAAUUGCGCUGCCACUUACCUAUACUACAAAACUACCUAUGUAUUAGCAAUUAAACUAGAGACUUGUCUUCCCUAAAAAACGAAGUCUUCGAUAAGUCUUACCUAUAAAAGAAAUAUACAUAUAGAAGCUCCGUAUAGGUGGUGGGGUACUUCGACACAACAACUCUAUAUUUAAACAUAUAUGCACUUGUAUUAUAGAAAAAAGCAUGCACUCAAACUAAGUAAAUAGUUACAUACAUACAUACAUAUAAAUAUGUAUAUGAAUAUCUAUGUGGUUAUUUAAAGAUAACUUUCCUAUAAUUUUAAAUGAAGUCAACAAGAAACUGCCGUUAGAGACGCACGAAGCAGAGAAUUUGUGAAUGAAAUAUAAUGAAGAGAAUAAUACUCCAUGAAAGAGGCAGCAAGGCAGUGUGUAGAAAAUACACUAAAAAAUAUUAAAAAUAAUUAAAUAUAAAAUAAUAAAAAGAAAGCAAGCGCAUGGCAAACUCUUCGCCAAAAAAAUUUACUAAAACGAAAUCGAAAUUCGAAAUUUCAAACACAAAUCAAGCAAUUUUUGAAUGUUUAUUUAUUUUUCAUAAAAAAAUAAAUAAAACAAGCUCUACUUUGUGGUAACACACAAAUUGUAAAAAAUUAAAAAAAAAACUGGAGAAAGCGUUUGUAAAAGAUUUAAGAAGAGUUGGGUGCGCACAAAGCAGCCACUAAAACAUAUGCCUGCCACUGCACUCACUGCCUUUGCUAAGUAAUUUCCGAUAUAAUGAAUUUACAUAAUCGAAAUAAGCAACAACAACAAUUUAGCUGCCUUAAAGAAGAAAAAACAAUUCAUUUUAAAUAUAAAAAAAAAAUAUUUUAUUUUGCUACUUAAUAUUCCUUCCUACUCCCCCACAAAGCGACUAAUGGAGGAUUUGCUUAAAUAAUUUUAUUAUUAUUAUUAUUACAAUUAUAUAUAUAAACGAUGAUAUAUUUAAAGCGUAUUAUUAACUAUUUUUUUGUAUUAAAAUAACGAAUUAACAUAUUUAAAUUAACAAAAGCGUGUUAGUCAAGUGCGUUAAAGUAAUAUUAAUUAUUAUAUAUUUUUUUGUUUCAAAUUUUAAUUUUUUUUGUUAUUUUUUGCCGUUUUUUUCGGUUUUUUUAAUAAUUUAUAAUAUAUUUUGUAUGCUUGUUGUGAUUGCAAAAUGCGUAAGUUAAUAUAAUUGAAUUGAAAAAAAAGAAAUCGCGUUAUAUGUACUAUAUAUGAAAAGUAUACUAAAACAAAACUAAAAAAGAUUAAAAAAAAAAAUAAUAAUAAAAAAUAAAAAUAAAAAAACAUGCAUGCGCUGCUAACACUAAAUAAUGCGCGCUGGCAACGCUGUGCCGUUCACCGCAAUUGCGUGUAACUAUGCAGCGAAAUUUUGGUUGUACGCUUUUGCGGCGAAUUCGUGCAGGAGUUGUGAGCGUGUGUUAUUUUCAAAAGCUAGUGUGUUGCAUGUAUAAAAUUGAACAAAAUAUUAAAAAAAACACUAUAUAUAUAUAAAAAAUAUAUAUAAACGAAGCAUACAAAAAAUCGAAAUGUAUAGUCACUACUUUAAGUUAAAUUUUUACUUUCAACUUUAAAAUAUUUUUAUUAAAACACACAAAAGACACAAGGACAAAUUACACACACACACACACACACUGAAAGACACAAAGUGAAAGAGAAAAUUAAAUAAAAAAACAAAAAACACACUGCUUUAAACAGCAACGACAGCAAAUAAAAAAUAAUUUAAGCAAACUGUAAAUAGAUGUCAUGAUACAAUGUAUAGGAUUUUUCUUUAAAAUUUUUAUUUUUUUAUAUUAAUUUUUUGUUCGUUCACAACGCCAUUGCCAGGCAAAAUUAGUGCAAGCAACCGUUAGAAAACACAAUAAUAGGCUUUUAGUAGGAAAAAAAAUAUUUUUUUUAUAAUUUAAUUUUUUUUUUUUUUUUAUAAAAUUCCAAAAUUUUGACCGCCAUAUUUACAAAUUUAAUUUAAUCAAAUAGCAAACUUUUAUUUUUCUUUACGUCUCAAAUACAUUAUAGCAAUAUUAGAAUGGCAAGCUUUUGCCACAUAGAAAACUUUUUGCACUGGCAGCAAAUAUAAUAAAAAAACGAAAAGACAAUAAAUAUAUGUAAAUUGUUAAAACAAAAACAAUAGUUAAAUUAUAAUUAUUAAAAACGAAUUGUAUUAAAAACAACAAAUGUUUGAAAGUAAAACAAACCAUAUUAAUAUUGUAUUGCUUAAUGUAAACUAAUAAUAAUAAAAAUAAAUAUGAAUAAAAUAAAAAAAAAAAAUAAAAA